GUGAGGAGGAAGGAAGGAGGGGCCGGAGCACCGAGUAAAGGGUUGCCUGAAGACCGAAACAGGGAGCCGGCACUGGAAGGGGGAGAGUCCAGGCCCUAACACCUCAUCAACACACCCGGUAAUUAAACUCACCUUCUCUAUAGCAACUGCACGUCAUAUGUACUGUGCUCCAAUCACGUGUGUUAUAUCUGCUCUGUAAAUAAUCUCUCACUGCGGGGGGGACAUCCCUCUAUAAAACAUAACACUCUCUAUAUAUAACCUAUACCUAAUACUGCUAAUAUAACUCUAUUACCUGUAAUAGACAUCCCUCUAUAAAACAUAACACUCUCUAUAUAUAACCUAUACCUAAUACUGCUAAUAUAACUCUAUUACCUGUAAUAGACAUCCCUCUAUAAAACAUAACACUCUCUAUAUAUAACCUAUACCUAAUACUGCUAAUAUAACUCUAUUACCUGUAAUAGACAUCCCUCUAUAAAACAUAACACUCUCUAUAUAUAACCUAUACCUAAUACUGCUAAUAUAACUCUAUUACCUGUAAUAGACAUCCCUCUAUAAAACAUAACACUCUCUAUAUAUAACCUAUACCUAAUACUGCUAAUAUAACUCUAUUACCUGUAAUAGACAUCCCUCUAUAAAACAUAACACUCUCUAUAUAUAACCUAUACCUAAUACUGCUAAUAUAACUCUAUUACCUGUAAUAGACAUCCCUCUAUAAAACAUAACACUCUCUAUAUAUAACCUAUACCUAAUACUGCUAAUAUAACUCUAUUACCUGUAAUAGACAUCCCUCUAUAAAACAUAACACUCUCUAUAUAUAACCUAUACCUAAUACUGCUAAUAUAACUCUAUUACCUGUAAUAGACAUCCCUCUAUAAAACAUAACACUCUCUAUAUAUAACCUAUACCUAAUACUGCUAAUAUAACUCUAUUACCUGUAAUAGACAUCCCUCUAUAUAACAUAUAGUUAAUAUUAAUAUACUAUAACUCUAUUACCUGUAAUAAACAUCCCUCUAUAUAACAUAUACCUUACACUGCUAAUAUAACUGUCUGUAAUAAACCUCUCUAAUACCUCUUAUGACAUAUAUUACUGAUAUAGCUAAACUCUAUCUAAUACUAUAACUGUAUUACCUGUAAUAAACACCCCUCUGUAUAGCCUAUACCUAAUACUAAUAUAAUAUAACUCUAAUACCUGUAAUAAACAUCUCUAUAUAACAUAUACCUAAUACUAAUAUAAUAUAACUCUAAUACCUGUAAUCAACUUAUCUCUAUAUAACAUAUACCUAAUACUAAUAUACUAUAACUCUAUUACCAGGUAAGACGCUGGGGCUAAAACAAAAUUUGUAAAAAUUCAAUAUUUAAAAAAAAUUAUAAUUAUAUACACACUGCAUCCACUACACACACAUAUAUUCUUGAAAACUUAAAAAAUUCUGACUGUCAUAUAUAUUUUGUGCAUUUACCUUAAAUAAUAAACAUGUUCAGUUAACAGUAGAUUUGUGUAGAAAUACAGAAUAUCGGUAAGUUAUCGGCUAUCGGCCUGAAAGUUCACAGAUUAUCGCUAUUGGUAUAGACUCUAAAAAAAAUCAAUAUCGGUCGAUCCCUACCUAUUAUUGCAAAUGUGGAGUAUGUGUUUUAUAGCACCCCUACAUUGCCUGUAGUAGACAAACUACUGUUACUCCUAGUACAGAUUGUCCCUAACCUAAACAACACUAUUACCUCUAACCUACAUAUACACAUUUCAUAUAGAAUCACUCUAUUACUACUAGUAUAACACAACUCAGUUACCCUCAAUAUACUGUGCCUCUAUUAUUUAUGACAUAUACCAAUUUGCAGGAGCAUAGCAAGCUCUACUUGAGAUUAAUACACCAUGCCAAUAAUUUAAAGUGUUACAAUUGAUGUAUCCCUAAUAUUAUAAUAUCCAUAUUACACCUAUAAUUUAGCAAACACUGUUAAAGAUUGUUGGGAAAUCUAUGUAAAGUAAAUAAUACAUAUUGCAAACAAAUUGCUGGAAACACUCUAGUUAUAAUGCCGAUAGUAACUUCCUGGUUAAUGUUGGGCUAGGAUCUUUACAAUUGUGUGUUUUUUUGGGGGGGUUUUUUUUUGUCUUUUUUCAGUAGCAGAGAAACUGUUAACAUAAAUGUAGAACAUGUUGUGAAGAUCAUGCAGGACACAGAGGAAAUUAUGUAAAAAUAGAAUUCUUGCACAACAUGGAGUAGUCAUCAUGGGCUGCUGAUUGCUCCACAUUGUGCCCUUAUCCUGUGUCCAAUAAGACCCUUUUAGGUAUCAUAUUCUGGGAAAAGUGGAUGGCAAAGAGACUCUGUCAUCUUGGAAACAGCUUGUAGAUUGCUUAGUUUUUAAAACAUACAGUCAGAUUUGCAGAUUAGCCUCAUGAAGGGCUUGACAAAUGUUUGGAAUCUAGGAGCCAGCUAGAAAAGUUAGAAGCCAGAGAAAUAAACGCCAUAAAUGCAUUUCUUAAAGGGACACUAUAGUCACCAGAACUACUACAGCUUAAUCUAGAUGUUCUGACGUCUAUAUCCUGUCCCUGAAAGCUUUUAAAUGUAAACACUGACUUUUCAGACAAAAGGCAGUGUUUACAUUGCUGCCUGGUGACACCUCAAGCGACAGUCACUCAAAUGGCCUCUAGAGGUGCUUCACACUGUGCAGCACUUACGUUAAUGUUACUUAUACGGAUGCAUCUCUAUGAGAAGUUAAACUGGCGCAUUAGAAUUUUGCUGUGCAUGCACAAUAGUCUCCCAAUGCUUUCCUAAGGGGAAGCAUUGGAUUGUCUGAGAUCGUCAAGAUUGAUGAUCUCCGCCAUGGAAGUGGGUCCAGUCGUGGCGUCACCAGCAUGGCGUGGGAAAAAAGGUAGAGUAAAAACAUCUUUAUCAUGUGUUUGGAGGGAACACACACACACACACACUGACGGACAGACAGACACACUCAUUCACAAAUAAUUACUUUUUUUAUUUUUUAUACCCAGUCUCCUUACCUUUUGGAGAGCUGAGGUGCAGUGGGGCUACUGUCAUCUUCCUGCUCUGCAGAGCAGGGAGAUUAAAGCUCACUCUCGCCGCCGCACUAAGCCAGCCACCUGAUAUUACCGGAACAUACUUUAUUUGCAGAAAUGUUAAUAGAACCAGACAAAUCAGAGCAUCUAUGGAAGGUUUUUUGUUAUAUAUUUUUUUUUUAAUUGAACCUAAAUCCGAUUAGGAUUGCUAUUGCAAUAUUUUAAUACUACGGUAUUAAAUGUACACAUUUGUUCCAUUACUAUAAUAUAUACAUACAUACAUACAUGCAUGCAUUUUUGAUGGGCAUUCAUGCCAUAUACAUGUAUAACCUACAAUUUAUAAAAAUCAGCUUUGUAUAAGCGAUUCAGUUGUUGUUCAAUCAUUGAAAUGAUUAGGGUUUAUAGCAGUAUAAUGCAGGAAAGUAUCUUUGAAUACACAUCACUUCAAAUGUUUAAGUGAGUAAUCUACAUCAGCAGAAGGCCUCACUGGGUUCCACUAUUAUAUGAUUACAUAUAGAUCUACAGUGGGAGGAGCUCUAGAACCUGAUAGUAGAAUACAGAAAAAAUAUCAUAAUCUCAGACUGAUUGGCAUUUAAAGGGACACUAUAGUCACCUGAACAACUUCAGCUUAAAGGACCACUAUAGUGCCAGGAAAACAUACUCGUUUUCCUGGCACUAUAGUGCCCUGAGGGUGCCCCCACCCUCAGGGUCUCCCUCCCGCCCGGCUCUUGGAGAGGAAAGGGUUAAAACGUACCUUUAUUCCAGCGCCUGGCGGAGUGCUCUCCUCUCCUCUCCUCCCUCUCUUCUCUCCUCCCUUUCGGCUGAAUGCGCACGCGCGGCAAGAGCUACAAUGCUUUCCUAUGGACGCUUGCGUGUUCUCACUGUGGUUUUCAGAGUGAGAAUCACGCAAGCCCCUCUAGCGGCUGUCAAUGAGACAGCCACUAGAGGAUUUAGAGGCUGGGUUAACCCUAUUAUAAACAUAGUUUCUCUGAAACUGCUAUGUUCAUAAAAAAAAGGGUUAAUCCUAGCGGGACCUGGCACCCAGACCACUUCAUUAAGCUGAAGUGGUCUGGGUGCCUAGAGUGGUCCUUUAAUAAUCCCUGCAGCCUUUCUCAUGUAAACACUGUAUUUUACAUUGAAAGCUAGGAACACCUCCAGGUGCAGUCACUCAGAGUGUGAGUUGAUGGAGGCAUAAUAUGCCUCGAUCUGCUGUGCACGAGCAUCCUGUGAUUCAGUAUCUCCUCCCACUGCAUGCAGACACUGAACUUUCCUCAUAGAGAUUCAUUGAUUCAAUUCAUCUCUAUGAGGAGAUGCUGAUUGGCCAGGGCUGUGUUUGAAUCAUGCUGGCUCUGCCCCUGAUCUGCCUCCUUGUCAGUCGGGGCCAAUCCUAUGGGGAAGCACUGUGAUUGGAUCAGGCCCUCACAUGUCAGCAGGCUGCUUGUUUUUCCUGAGUCUAACAGCAUGCAGAUUAACAGCUUCUGGCUUGAAUACAGUAAGUUUUUUACUAUAUUUAUGGAGGCAUGAGGGGCCCAGGGGGGCUAUAUGGUCGUGUUAACACUAUAGGGUCAGGAAUACAUGUAGUUGCACUGGUGACUAUAGUGUCCCUUUCAACCUACAGAUAUUUUCAUUGCACACAGUCCCUUUUAUAUUAAUAUAGCACUCUUUAAAUGCCACAGCCUGUGUGAUUUUAGUUGAUAAUUGGGCAUUCUUAUAGAUACUGAAGACACAACCUCUAAUGGCUAUUUCCAGCAGGACAGCGUGCCAUGUCACAAAGAACAUGGACACUCAGGUUGGUUUCAUAUGCUCCUUCUUGAUCUCUCCGCUCUGCCAGUGACCGCCUUCUGUCCGCUGCUCGCACCCUUACUGCAAACCCGUGCUUGCAGGACUUCUCACUGGCGGUUCCUUUCCUUUGGAAUGCCCGGUCUACCCCCAUCAGACUCUCCCCUGGUCUUCUAGCCAUCUGUUCAGAAAUGCUUAUGGACUCCCAGUGUAACUUCUGUGUCACAUUUGUCUCUUGCUCUCCUAAAGAGCCACACUCCAGUUCUGCUACUUUUCCACCUUGUUUGUUUGCUGUCCCCUUUGCUGCCCUUUUGUGUAUUUAUACCCCACCUCCUCUAGACUAAGCUCAUUUGAGCAUGGUCCUCAUCUACCUAUUGUUCCUGUAUAAUUUUUGUAAUUGUCUAGUUUAUUGUUAAAUCUCCCCCCAUUCAGAAUAUUGUAAAGCGCUGCGGGAUAAGUUGGUGCUACCAUAUAUAAAUACCAUAAUAAUAAUAAUAAUCAUGAACAUGUCAAUUAGAUCCACGAAGGACUCCUGCAGUCAUUUGAUGUCAGAAGUGACAGAAUGGGAGAUAUGUCUCAUGAAUGUGUAGUCAACUAGUCUGCAGAAACUGCGUGAUGGAGCCAGAAUCUCCAAGGAAUGUUUCUAAGAUCUAUUGUUGAAUCUAUUUCACAAAUUAGUUUGUCCUGGGGCAAAGAAGUGUCUAUAGAGUAUGGGGAAGAUGUAACUAAUGGAAGGGUCUGACAUCACACUGAAGCCUGGCAUGUUGUGACUGGCUCUGUGUAGGGUCUCUAAUCUCGAGAUUGUGGUUACAUUAUUGUGCUGGAACUGUAAUUUGUGGCUGUUGUUCUUUUGUUUGGUUUUGCUUCCAAUUCUCUUUUGACUCAUGGGCUCAUGUGCUGAUUCGUGCCCAUCGAUUUUGGAGGGUAUAAUGCCUGACCGGACCUUCCACGUUUAGGGGAGGGAGGUGAUUUGUCUAGUAGUUAAAUAGUUUUAUCCCCAUGUGAGGGUCCUUCAUGAUCAGUAUUGUUCUGCCUCGUCUAAGCUAGUGAGGGUAGCAGAACAAUACGGUUGUAACUGGUUCAUUUGUGCUGCUAGGCGCUCUUGCAGCGUUGUUAGUUUAAGUAUGGGUCAUAUUAAUUCCUGGGGCUGACCAACUCUGUAUGUGGGCUACUCGUUCUUGGCUGUCUCCCUCUGUGAUGGUGACUGGUUCCGAUUCUGGGAGGAAACCGUCUGCUUUCAUGUCUAGUAGCCACUGGACCUUGGUGUUAUGUGAUGCUUCUUUCUCCUAGAAUUGUUCAGUCUCUACUCUGGGUGAGUCUUGGGUGGAUAUGUUGUUAACCUGCAUACAUCUUUGAAUGGACCUUUUGGUAAACAGAGCAUUUAUUUUCUUAACCACUGGUUAUCUGCGCAAACCGGUUGCCAGUGCUUUCAACCUUUGCUUAGCUGUUGCCAGUGCUCAAUAUCUGGCUUUGGAAUACUUUACAUGCUGACAAUGGUUACCAAAUAGAUUUGGUAAUUGAAGCUAUAUGUAUCAAGUGGAAGUCUUUCUGAUAGCCUGAAGUUGGUGUAGGGAUUGCAAAUGUAAACUGCGCUAUUUCUGAGAAACAGCGCUGUUUUCAUUUGCAGCGCUGCAAGGGCAGCAUAUGUGCUCCUAAAUCACUUUAUUAAAUUGUAGUGACUUUGCUGUUUAGAAUGUCCCUUUAUGAACACGAUAAAUUGUAGUUGUAAUGGAACUCCUGUACUCAGACUGCUUACGUUUAAGUCAACUUCGUCAGCACUACCAGGGGAGCUGGACUGGUGUCUAUGGGGACCUUUUCCACUGGACAAGGCCACAAUGGUUAUUGAUCUUUUCCUCUUCAUGCCUACUCUCUUAAACAGCAGCAGUGAUGCACACGUCAAGACUUAAAGGGACACUAUAAGCACCCAGACCACUUAAUCUCAUUGGGUACAGUGUCCCUGUCCCCCUUAAUUCUGCAAUGUUUACUUUGCAGUGUUAAGACUGCCUCUAGUGGCUGGGUACAGUGUCCCUGUCCCCCUUAAUUCUGCAAUGUUUACUUUGCAGUGUUAAGACUGCCUCUAGUGGCUGUCCACUAGAGAGCCACUAGAGACGCUUCCUGCUGUUUCACGGAGUUUGAUUCAGUGUAACAAUGCUGGAGGUUCUCAAGCUCUGCAUGAGGAUGUCCAGUGUCAGAGAACCCCCCCAGAACCACUCUGUCAGGGCUGAUAAAUGUUUAUUAGAUCCGUGAUCAAUCCAGAGAUUAUAUUUCCCCCUUCUGUGUCUUCAGGCAAGGCAUCAGGGAAUCUGAGCCCCAAAAUUCCCUUCCCUAACACAGCAUCUAUAAACUCAACAUAUGUCUGUAGGCAGUUUGCCACCUCAGCUAACCAUGAUGCAAAAAGCAUCUGGAUCAGAGGUACUCACCCUAAAUGACUAACGUUUUACCAGGUUGUGACUAUGCUGCAAUCUGGACAGGGUUCAUGGUCUGUGAGGAGGAAGCUGGCCAGUGGCAAAGUUGAUUCCGUCACAAUAGUAGAUGGACCAUAGAUUUUUUUUAUUUUUUUUAAGUUUUCACAUACUUAGUGAAAUAAAAAACAAUCCUUAUGUUUCUAAAUCUGUACAGCUUGGCCUGUUCGUGCACGUCAUGUACAUUCUGUGUUGCAUUCCACAUGUCUUUUAAAAUGUGAAUAUGCCUGCAGGCACUUUUUUUUUUUUUUUAAUUAAUUUAUUUAUUUUUUAAGUACUGACAGCAGGUUGUUUUUCCUGCAUCUUGCCUGUAUAUGUACAUUUAAUUACCCUACUUUAUACGUAAGUAAAAGUAGAGAUUAAUUUUCUUUUUGUGUAAUUGUCAGGUUGGCAGAGCUGAACGAAUAAUAGAGCUUCAUGCUCCACUUCCUUAUUCAAGUCUGUCGGGGCUACGCUCUAGGAAUGCUCACUCUCUCAUUGAUCAGUGUGCAAAUGUAUUACAGGCCUGGAUUAACUGUAUACCAAGCAUAAAAUUUGAGGAAAACAGAAUAAAGACCAGAAGGGUCAGUAAAUAAAGUAAAAAAACUUUAACAAUGACGUGGAAUUAGUGCAUGGCUUGACAAAUUUGUUUGGAAUCUAGGACCCUGCUGAAAGUCAGACUUUUUUUUUCUCUUCCUUUUUUUUUUUUUUUUUUUAAACGAAGAUAUAUUUUAAUUUUCAAUGAGAAAAAUGCAAUUCUUGAAUGGACUCUAUAGUCACCAGAAUCACUACAGCUUAAUGUAGUGGUUCUGUUUAUAGUCUGUCCCUAAAGAGUUUUCAAUGUAAACACUGCCUUUUCACGGUCUGCAUGGCUGCGCUGAAUGUUCCCCAUAGAGAUUAAUUGAUUCAAUUCAUAUCUAUAAGGAGAUGCUGAUUAGCACUUCUUGGUGUUUUGCUGCGCAUGUGCAAUAUUCCCCCAAUGUUUUCCUAUGGGAAAUCAUUAGCUUAAAGCACCACUAUAGUGCCAGGAAAACAUACUCGUUUUCCUGGCACUAUAGUGCCCUGAGGGUGCCCCCACCCUCAGGGACCCUCUCUCGCCCGGCUCUGGAAAGGGUAAAGGGGUAAAAACUUACCUUUUUUCCAGCGCUGGGUGGGGAGCUCUCCUCUUCCGAUCCUCCUCUGUUACUCCCCGUCGGCUGAAUGCGCACGCGCGGCAAGAGCUGCGCGCGCAUUCAGCCGGUCACAUAGGAAAGCAUUCAUAAUGCUUUCCUAUCGACGCUGGCGUGCUCUCACUGUGAAAAUCACAGUGAGAAGCACGCAAGUGCCUCUAGCGGCUGUCAUUGAGACAGCCGCUAGAGGGAAUGGGGGAAGGCUUAACCCAUUCACAAACAUAGCAGUUUCUCUGAAACUGCUAUGUUUAUGGAAAAAUGGGUUAACCCUAGCUGGACCUGGCACCCAGACCACUUCAUUAAGCUGAAGUGGUCUGGGUGCCUAGAGUGGUCCUUUAACUGAGAUCAUAAAUAUUGAUGAUCUCAGCCAUGGAGUCAGGACUAGCCAUGAUAAAAUCAUCAUGGUGUGAGUAAAAACACCUCUCAUGCGAUCGGAGGGGGGCAGGUACCUAAACUGGCACAUACACACUAUCUGACUGACGCACAAAUGCGCUCUGACAGAUCCGCACGCACAUUGUGUGAGGUAGCCGUGGUGUUUUGGUGACAAGCUCAGGUGGACGGAAUUGGCAAAGAUAGUCAUUUAGGAAGGUGUUUAAGUGGUAACACCACUGAGAUAACUUAUUUAUUUUGUUAUAUCUGCUCUAGCAGCAGAGUAUUGUGAUUCCGUGGUUCUUGUGGUUGACUCAAAUCUGAAAAAAUAUAUAUAUUAAUAAUGCUAAACUGCAUGUGUUAAAUUCUCUGCACCUUCUGCAUGUGUUGUCAGGCACGUCCGUCAAAUUUUAAUUAAUAAAAUCCUAUAAUUAUGUUAAAAGAUUACUUAAAUAUACAUGUAGAAUUUUAAUAUAUACAUAUAUAUGUAUUUUAAAUUCUACAUGUAUACUUAUGUAAUCAUUUAUGUAAUUUUAUAUAUUUAUCUAUUUAUAAAUAUUUGCAGUUGUUUUUAUUUAGAUAGAUAUAUAUAUAGAAUGUCAUUCUAAGUAUAUUUUGUUAUCUCUCUCUUCAAAAUAGUUCAAAUGAAAUUACAUAUGUAUAUAUAAUUUAUUUCCAUUUUGUAAAUUUUUAUUGUAAUUAUACGUCUAUAAAAUAUAUAUUUUAAUACUAAUAUAUACUUAUAUUAAUAUUAAACUAUGUAUGUUACAUAUGAGAUAUAUUGUGUGUGUAUGUAUGUGUGUGUGUGUAUAUAUAUAUAUAUAUAUAUAUAUAUAUAUAUAUAUAUAUAUAUACACACACUUUUAAAAUUUAUUUUACAUGUUUAAUAUAUUUUUUUGCACUACCCACCAGCAGGGGGAUUGUCUGACAGCCAAGACAGUCUCCCUGCUGGAAGAUCCACAGCCAGCUAAAGGGGGACAAGUGAUCACUCUUUGAGAGUGAUCACAUGGCCCCUGGGGGCCUGAUUUUGCUGGGGGAGGGCUGUCAGGCAGUCCUCCCGAAGAGGAUCGCGGCGGAGGUAAGUACCGCGGAGCUCCUGCAGGCUUAAGCUGUUAAGGUGUUCUAUGCCGCUGCAACGGCUUUAAAGCUCAUUAUAAUGGGGACGGCAUAGAACUGCGUUAAUGGGUUAAUCUAGGCCUGAACGAAUAAAUCUGUCAAGUAAAUCCCAGACAGAUCGAUGUAUUCGGACUUAGAUUAACAGGAACUUAUUUGUCGUAGAUGAAAAGUAUAUGUGCAAGUCUAGACAUUAUCUUAAACUGACUAGGACAACAGUCCACACUAUUUUCUAGUCCACCUUUUUGUUUUGUUUUUUUAAAUCCCACUAAUGUCCCAGUGCCGAACUUCACAGUUAGUAUUUGCACAUAUUUAACAUUCACUUUUCAUUGUCCAGCAUACAGGCAUUAUGGGCAUGCACCUGCUUGUAUAAGAAAUGUAUACACAAUAAAGAUUAGGAACAGCGCACACCUAAAACAAUACAUUUUAUAUGGCUACUUAAAAUCACCGCAAACAAAUAUGGUGAUAUCCCUAUUUUAUUUAUUUAUUUUAUUCGCUAAGAUAGGCGAUUUUAAGUAGUCUUACAAAAUAUACAAACGUGUUUUUGAUGUGUGCGCUGUUCCUUCAUCUGUAUUUUGUAUAAAUUCUGGUCACUAUGGCAGCACCAGCAAAAUGCAUGUUCUGGAUGUGCCCCCAAUUCCUUUUUGUUUUAGAAAUGUAGGCAUUCAUUUAAUAAGCUUUCCAAAUGAUUUUAAUACUGUUAGAAAAGUUUGUGUCAUUUAUCCACAAAAAUUCCCAUAAACUUUUAAUGACGGCUAUAGAUAAAUCAUUUGCAAAAGUUUUUCUAACACUAUUGAAUUAUUUGGAAAACUUAUUAGAUCGAGUUGUUAAAGGACACUCCAGACCCCGAAAGCACUAUAGCUUGCUGAAAUACUUAUAGGGACAAUAUAGUCACCAGAACAACUACAUCUUAUUGCAUUUGUUCUUGUGUGUAAAAUCAUUAACUCUUCAGGCCUUUUGCUGUAAACACGGUCUUUUCAUGCAUGUGACUUGCACAGCCUUCCUAAAUACUUCCUAUAAAGAGUCAUCGUAUGUUUAUACUUCCUUUAUUGCAAACUCUGUUUAAUUUAUUAUCAACUGCUCUGCUAAUAGUUUUAGCACUUCUCAAUAUUAUGAGAAAUGGGAUUUAACUAUAAAUAGGGCAAUUACAAGACAACUUACAUGAAUGAUAGGUUGAAGAGGACCCUGCUCAAACAAGCUCAAGGAAGAUAUGUACACAGCUCUUCCCCUCACAGCACUGAAUCAUCUGAACUUGAAGCCAGCCAGUGUUUUGUCAGAUUUCCGUACCCACGUCACGUCCGGUGAUGCAGAUAAACUGUUGCCUUUGCUGCACAUGUGUGCUAGUACUCCUGACCGUUAUGGAAAUCUGAUGAAGGCUGGGAACAUGCGCAAGACGACCACAUCACUCCUGAUGACGAGGCAUCAGCUGGAAUGGUAACUCCUCUCUAGCAAGGUCCUGAAAGGCAAGCUUGUUUCAGACUUAGGGCAUUCACUAAAGCACACACAUUGGGACAUUUAGGUUAGAUUUAGGGGGUAAUUUUUUAUUUUGUGUUUAGUGAUUAUCUAGGGUUAAUGUUACCUUACUCCCAUGGUUAGGAUAAGGAGUGGGGGGGGGGGGGUAAAUUAGUUCCUAACUCUAAUUUUAAUCUUUACUUAACCCUAAAUGACCCAUGUUCUUAUGCUUUAGCGAAUGCCCUAAUUAUGUCAGUGUGAAGUUGCUUUACUUACCUUCCAGGACCUUGCUGAAGAGGAGUUGCCAUUCCAGCUGAUACCAUGUCAUCAGGAGUGACACAGUGGUCUUGUGCAUGGUCCCAGCCUCCAUCAGAAUUCCGUACCCUACAAGUGAGCUGUAGAAAGCAGCCAUAUGGGCUUAACAUUACACCCUAUGGACAGUUGACUGAAUUUAAAAGUGGGAGGAUAUCCUGGUGCUACUAAUGUUUGCCCUGCACAUAAUGGGAGUAUCUUUAGCACAGCUAGAUCUGGCAUUGUCCAGAUUACCUUCAUAUGUGCAGAUUGGAAGAAAAGAAAAAAAGGCAGGAGGCUCAGUGAGACGAGCGGCCGGACAGCAGAUGGCUCAUAGUGAGCGGAGGUGGGCGGCAGGAAAGCAGGAUGGCUCAUAGUGAGCGGAGGCGGGCGGCAGGAUGGCUCAUAGUGAGCGGAGGCGGGCGGCAGGGUGGCUCAUAGUGAGCGGAGGCGGGCGGCAGGGUGGCUCAUAGCGGAGGCGGGCGGCAGGGUGGCUCAUAGCGGAGGCGGGCGGCAGGGUGGCUCAUAGCGGAGGCGGGCGGCAGGGCGGCUCAUAGCGGGCGGCUCAUAGCGAGCGGAGGCGGGCGGCAGGACGGGCGGCUCAUAGCGAGCGGAGGCGGGCGGCAGGACGGGCAGGAUGGCUCAUAGCGAGCGGAGGCGGGCGGCAGGACGGGCAGGAUGGCUCAUAGCGAGCGGAGGCGGGCGGACAGGCAGGCUGCUCACGGUGUAAGAUUCAGGCAGGCGGCUGACUGAUUAUGGAGGCGGCGAGGGAGGUGUGAUCUUCCUGCUCCCUCGCGCGCUGUCCAGUAAUGCCGGGAACCGGAAUAGGAUGUCACUCUGGCCCUGGCACACUAAACAGCGCGCGAGGGAGCAGGAAGAUGAGCAGCCCCACUGGACCCCAGGGAAAGUUAGGCUGGCUGGGUGGACACAUUUAAAUAUAUCUAAUAAUUUGUGUGUGUCUGUGAGUCUGUUUAGGUGGCCGGCCCCUCCAAUCACAUGGGAAUGGUGCUUUUACUGACCUUUUUUCCAAUGUCGUACUGGUCUGAUCAUCAUAAUUUGACAAUCUCAGCCAAUCCAAUGCUUUCCUGGUGGAAAGCAUAUGUGACUAUUGCGCAUGUACAGGAAAACACGCUUGAAUCAAUGUGCACACAUGGGAUAGCCUUAAGCGUUUCCAUGCAGAUCAUGGAGACACGCAGAAUGCAGCUCUAGAGACAGUCUGAGUGACUGCCACUAGAAGUGUUACUAGGCUGCAAUCUUUACAUUGAAAAGCUUGUAGGGAUAGGCUAUAGACUUCAGAACUACAUUAAGCUGUAAUCGUUCUGGUGACUAUAGUCUCCAUUUAAGAAAUGUAUUUUUGCCGUUGAAAAACCAGGAUCCUAAUUUUUUUUUAGCUUGCUCCUAUAUUCCAAGCAAAUUUGUCAAGCCCUUUAGACAAACAUAAUGCUGCUUUAAAUGAACACUCCAAGCAACCUGUAGAGCAGGGGUCAGCAACCUGUGGCAUGUGUGCCAUGCGUGGCCCUCGAGGCUUCCAGAGCCAAAUAGGCUCUGGCCUAUCAGGAGUUCCAGUGAUCCUUUAGAUAUCUAUCUGCUAGUGCAAACCAAGCAGUGAUUGCAGAUGGUAAGAGUCAAUCAUCAAUAUACACCUUGUAGCACUUAGAGAAAGUGAUUUGAGAUCACUUGUGAAUGGUAAUUCACACUGCCUGCAGCAGCUAUCACCGCCCCCUGCCCUCGACCUGUAUUUGGCCAGCCCGGUACAUCAUGGACGGCAGAGAAGCCUCCCACGCAGAUCAAUAUACAUUGAGCUGAAGAAGCCUCCUCCUCAUACAAAUAAUACAAAUAUCCUACACACGAACACAGAGUCCCCACAAACAAAACGACAAUGACACUGAUGAUCCACAUACAUGUGCUCAACCCCACAAGCAGUCUCAUGCUUGCAAACACCACCAAACACACAAUGUGACAUAUCACAAACACAAACCAUUCCACAAGCAGCCCACAUUAAUUGGUUUCACACACGACCAAAAACUACUCAUGAACGUAUAAAAUAUAACAGCCCACAUGCACACAAACACAAUGCUGCAAAGCAUAUGCAGUAUCCAUAAAUAACACAAGCAGAACAUACGCCAACAUACAGACAUCAAUAUAAAAAAAAAAAAUAGGACCGGCACGCCAAGGGACUUCAAAAUCUUUUGGCAGAGUACUAGUAAAGGAUUGCCUACUCCUGCUCUAGAGCCUGCAGAGGGUUUGCUGGGCACCCACACCUCUGCAUCUAGAAGCUCUGCCAGGUAAUGCUCUCGGCCAAUGAGUCUGCAGCUUAGUUCCUUGCUGGAGCUUCAGGCUGCACAAUAUGUGGCAGUGGACCCUAAGCAAGUUGUCCAUCUGUUCUUAAAUGGCUGUAACAAAACUGAGGUUAUAACAAAAGCUUUGAGAGGGAGCAAGGGCACUCCUGGCACCAUAACCACUACAGCAGGCCUUUCUAAUCAGGUGUGUGGAAAUAAUAAGAAAAAAAGUUACUUUUUGUCAUGACAAUGCUGAAGAAGCAGACAAUACAUUCCCUGACCCCAAUGUAACAUCUCCUACCACUUACCCAUAAUAGGGCUAAGGGCAGUGCCAGGAGCUAACAUGUUCCGGGUCCUUAAUAUUUUAGGUAAAUAUAUUUGCCAUGCAUAACAGGUUGCCUAUUGAUCCGUUUCGAGACACAGCCUAUGGUUCAUGUUGUGUUCUGUAUUUUAUCAUACGUUUCAGCACUUUCUAUACAGCUAACUGGCUGUCUGUAUCUUCCACAGUUUGUUCUGAUAUUCCUGCAUUUUUAUGCAUUACAGUAACAGAGCCAGAAACCAUCUCCCCACCUCCUCCACACUCACGCACAUUUUUAUUUUGGCUUCCCCUUUAUUGUCGGUGGUGUUUUUUUUUUCUUUUUUCUUGUAAUAUAUCAUUAUUUAUUUAUUACACGUGUAGACUUCUUACAUUACAUACUAGAGCAAUUAAAUUGUCUUAAGCCAAUGGUGUGCAAGGUAACUUCCAUUUGUCAGGAAAUAGGAUACAAUGUUGCCUUUGCAUAAGAAUGUGUAUAUAAAAGGAAGUUCCUGCCAGGAUUUCCUACUGAAGAACGAUUUACACUUUGUAAACCCCUUACACGGUUCUAGUUGCAUUUAAGUCACUGGUGGUUAAUUUUAUAGCAAUGCAGAUAUUUGUGGACUGGAAACGGAUCUGUCUUAUCCCAAACAACUUAUGCAUAAUUUUUAUAUAUAUAAUGUAUAUAUUCUGUAUAUACCUUGUGCUUGCAGUUUUUCUAGCAAAUGUAUAGGUUAGGAGAAAAACCUAUUUAAAAUUUUUUUUUUCUUCCACCUGUCAUUCAAAGCCUCAGACUGACAAGGGAGAGCAGAAAAGACCUCCAACAGGAGGUCCCUCUGCUCUCCACCCAUAGCAACCACAGUACAUGCGCACUGCAUGCAUUGCAAUGAAAACUCCCUGGCUGGCAUUUCUAGAACUGACAUGGGAGUAUCCAAAUGUGAGUGGUGUAACGUCACUGAGGAGAUUUUGCUAGGGGAAGUGUCCCAAGCAGGGCAAAUCAGAGUCCAGUCCAGGCAUCAACGUAGAUGCCGCUGGAAGCACCUCAAGUAGCAAUCUGAGGAGUGGCCACUAGAGGUGUUCCUAGGCUGUAAUGUAAGCACUGCCUUUACGUUGAAAAGACAUUGUUUACUGCAAAAGGCCUGAAUGGACUGAAUAUACUCACGAGAAGAACUACAUUAAGCUGUAGUUUUUUAUGGCUAAUAUAGUGUCCCUUUUAAAAGAAACCAUAGCAAUACAGGUUUUACUUAAUUUAUAGGUGAUUUUGGUAUUUCAUUCACUUAUCUAAUUUCUAGUUCAAUAAUGACUCAUUAUGUUUGGAUCUGAAGACAGAUUAAAGUCAGCAUUUGCUUGACCUGCCUUGUAUUUUGUUACAAAACUAGGUAGAUAUUAUGUUAAAUAAUUUGCACUACAGACUGAAAAGGAGCUUGCCAAAUCUUGUGUUCUUAUGCCUUGUUACAUUGUAAGAAUAGGAAGUAGUAAUACUGGGGAGGAGUUUAAAUCUCAUCCACUCUGGGUUACAGUAAAUUUGAGACUGAGUAACUUACUUGGAUUUUCCAAACCUAGUAAGAUGCUGCUUUGCUGGAUACCUCACUACUAUACAAAGAGUGAUAUGUCCAUGUUUAUUGCUCCCUGUCCCACUUGUGAGACAGCACAGCAAUAGCCAGAUUGAAUCCCAACAUGUUUGAAUGCCCUGGGAAUUAUUAAAAGUGAUAGUAUACCUUUAAAGGGACACUCCGGACUCCUAAAAUGCUUUGUGUAACGAAUGUUUCAAUCUACUCUUCAGUACAGUAGUGUCAAUAUUUAAUGCUGGUUAGUAUGGUGACCAUGUUGCAUCAUCAAGUACUUUCUCCAGGGAGCAAUAAGAUGCAUGUCAAAACUAAACUAGACUCUAGUCUCUAAUUGGACGCUAUAUGAAUACAUUUCCCUAAAACCUAGAAAAAGCAUACGAGUGUGGUGUUGAUCUACUAAAACAUAAUACUAAUCUUAGGAUUAGUAUUGGCUAGCACAGGUCUUCUAAACAGUGAACAGAUAUGUUGGCAAGGGCUUUUCCACUAAAUGUUCAAAUUUAGGGUUAGAAGUUGCAUCAAAGAUUGAUUCUUGUCAGUAUGAUGACAUGGAUUGCGUAGUUUCACCAAAUAGCAUAUCUGGAAAGCAACCUAAGAGUCUUGUCAAAAUUAGGACAUGUCUCUAACUUGACCCUAUAAAUUCUCCUAAAACCUGGUAUAGAUGUAAGUUACUGCUGUACCCUGAAAAUAAAUAUUGUCAGUGCUGCAGGUGCCUUGCUCUUUUGAGCAAACACUGCUGAACAAUGCUUGUUUUCUCACUGAAUUAUAUCAUUAGUCAUGUGUACUGCAGAUUCCUUGACCUCUUAUUAGGAAAAAUGUUACAUGAAUCAAUAUCGAAUUUGUCUGUCUACUUGACUGUGUUGUGGACAAUCCUUUCACAUGUAGAGGCUUGCAUUUGCUGCAUUCUAGACGAACAGACACAAAUAAAAUUUAAGGGACAACUGCCGCCUCAAAUAUUUAAAUCAUAAAAAAUUGAAAGAAAAUCUUUAAGUAAAAUAAAUAAAGAGGGAGAGAAACUAAUCUUCUACCUUUAGUAUAUGACAGCAUUUUUCAGAUAUACACAUGCACCUUUGGUCGGAUAGUUCUUGAAAAUCAACAAUUUCUAUGGUACUCCCUACUCAGAAGCCAGGGAAUACCAUAGACACAGUUGGACUUUAUAUACUGUCCAACUGUAGGUGUAUGGCUGAAGGAUCAUAUUCUAUACUAAAGGUAGGAAAGGAUUAUCUUUAUUUUUAUUUUGUAACUUAUUCUUUUCUUAAAAGUAGUAUAUCUACUUCCUUUCAAUACUUGGUGAAAUUAUUUUUAAAAUAUUUUUGAGGUGAUAUUUUUAAGAAUGGCAAAUUGAUGUAAAAUUAUACAACAAUAUUUAUUAAGUAAUCGGAAAAAAUUGAAGAAUUCCCAAAUUCAGAGUAAAAUAGCCUUGCUGUUAUUUAUGGAAGAGUUGGAAUGUGCAUCCACAUAAUUUAUUUUUUUUCUUCCUUAUUGGUUUUAUAAUAAAAUAAUCUAGACUGUAAGCUCGUUUGAACAGGGUCCUCAUCUACCUAUUGUUCCUGUGUCACUGUGUAAUUGUCUCAUGUACUGUAAAUUUCCACCCCUUUUAUAAUAUUGUAAAGUGCUGUGGAAUUAGUUGGCGCUAUAUAAAUACUAGAAUACAAUAAUAAUGUAGAUAAUGUUGAAUAUCCUCUACAUAAUUUUCUAUAAUGGUUUUGCAUAGCCGUUCCUUUUAUUGGCUAAAUGCACACAGAUAUUUGUUAUUGAAAUUUAUUUCUCCCAUUUGUAUUUAUUUUCACCUAGGUCUGACUCAUCAUAUAGAAAGUAUGUCUGAUAACGGGGAGCUUGAGGAUAAACCACCGGCUCCUCCAGUGCGCAUGAGCAGUACAAUAUUCAGCUCUGGGACGAAAGACCCUUUAUCCAGCAAUCACAGUUUAAAACCUCUUCCUUUGAUUCCAGAAGAGCGAAAACCACGCAACAAAAUCAUAUCCAUGUUUUCUGGCACAGAAAAGGGUGAGUUGUCUCAUAAUGUGGCAUUCUAUAAAAUUCAGGAUUAAAUUCAGUAGUAAAUAAAAGGGUUGUUUUGGUAAAAAAAUCUUAGAUUUGUCUGCUUAGGCAUUGUACUAAUCAAUAUACACAAGACAGGGCAUGUUCUCUCUGUGUAUGUAAUCCAAACACUUGAAGUAUCAACACGGGAUUGUGUGCAGCAUUGACAGCAGGGUUUACCAAUUGGUAGGUUAUAAACAUUCAUAAUAACCAGGAUCUUUGCAUAAGUAAUAUGUGCUUUGGGCUAUUUUUUUCGGUGUUUUUUUUCCCCACUCCAUCAAAAUACACAUAUGAGUAUAUUUAUUUUAAAACAACUUUUUUUUGAUAGUGACAAUUCAAGAGUACAAGACAAAAUGUCAAAGUACAGCAUAGUACAAGAUAUAAAAUGAAGUACAGUUGUCAAGGGAUGUAGUGGCAGUUUAGUGCACUAGAGGUGCUUCUGCUGCACUGACCAAUUAAAACACUCACGUGAUGCAGAAGCCUCUAUAGGAAAGCAUUGACAGUUUGAAUGCGCCACGGCUGCCAUUAUAGAAAUUUAAUUUAGAAUGGCUAGGAGGCAAGUUCUAAAAGUACUUUAGGACUGCCAAUUCGGGAGAAAUAUGAAAUGCAAUAUGUAAAGUUUGAGGAGCAUAUGUUUUACGAGCAUUCCAAAAUUGUUGAAUAAUUUCACAAGACCAAAAGUAGUGGAACCACUGAUGAGGUCAGCAGUUUUAAAUGAAACGGUCUGGGGGUAGUGUAGGCAUCAUGAUAGAUCUCUUGGUAAGUUGAGGUAGCUAAUAUUUUAGAAAUUCUGGCCUAUGUGGACAGUAAGGUGUUUGAUAUUACAUAGUUGCAUAGACUAUAAAAAAAAAAAAGUCUUUUCUCACAUCUGUUUUUGCUGUUAAUCCAAAAGAAUGCGUAAAUACAGAGCACUUUCCAAUUUUGCAAGAAACUUGGAAAAAAUCUUUCUCGAGCCUAGAAUGCCAGUUUGAUAUCUCAUUGAAUCAAGAAGCUGUUAACCCACAUAUUAAAUAUAUCCCUGAAUAUUAUGCUUUUGCAAUAAUUGACCCAGUCACUGUUAAAAAAAACAAAAAAAACAACAACAUUGACUUUUAUAAAAGGGAAAAACUAUAUUUGUAUACAGUAACUUUUUUAUUUGUCAUUUUCCCUAAUUCACUAGUAUUUUUGGAAUUGGUUGUAUGUCUAUUGUGCACCUCAAAUUGCAUCAUUUUACAUUUAUCUACAUUAAAUUUCAUCUGCCAUUUGAGUGCUCAGUCCUGUGAUCUAUCUAAAGCUGUCUGCGGUGAAGUAAUAUCCAGCUCACAUUGUAUCACCUUACCUAGUUUUGUGUCAUCUGCAAACACUGACACAUGCUUUCCAAUGCCUAUAUCAAGAAAAUGUAUAAAUAGGUUAAAUAGAAGUGUCCCCAGAAUGGACCCCUCAUUGAUACAAUUUAUCCAGCUUGAAAAUGUCACAUUAAUGCUAACUAUUUGUGCUCUAUUUUAAGCCAGUGUUCUACCCAAAAACACAAGUUUUUAACUAGACUAAUUUAUUUUAAUUUUAACACUAGCCUAUUAUUUGGUUGUGAUCUACUUGUAUUUUGCAAAGGCAUUUAAUACAGCUCUAAUCUGACAUGCUGAUCUAUAAGUCUACUACUUUUCAGAAUGCAGUUAUGUUAUUUUGGCAUACUUCAUAAAAUGCUGAUUGAUGUUUCCAAUGAAUUCCUGAAUAUUAUCUCUUGACAACCCUUCAAAUACUUUCCAGCCAUAUCAUAUGUAAAAAUAAAUUAAAAAAGAGAGAAAACUAAAUCCCUACAUAUUAGUACAUGGCAGGAUCUUUCAGACGAUAGGCUUAAUGGUCUUUCAUGCUUCUGUGCAGGUAUUGAUGCUGGGAAGACCAGAGACGGUUGGGUUUAUAGUUAAAGGAUUUUAUGAUAUACUAAGGGUAUCUUAUUUAUUAUACACAGUAUAUUAAAAAAUUGCUUUGUGGUGCUAAUUGUUAACAGAUCUAUAGUUUCUGACCAGAGAUUUUGCUUUUCUUCAUUCCACCGGUAUGAUUAAAAAAAAUCCUGAAAGAUUUGAGAUUGACUUAUUUCCACACUUGGCUCCUUAACCCCUUAAUGACCAAACUUCUGGAAUAAAAGGGAAUCAUGACAUGUCACACGUCAUGUGUCCUUAAAGGACCUCUCUAGGCACCCAGACCACUUCAGCUUAAUGAAGUGGUCUGGGUGCCAGGUACCUCUAGGAUUAACCCUUUUUUUAAUAAACAUGGCAGUUUCAGAGAAACUGCUAUGUUUAUACUGAGGGUUAAUCCAGCCUCCAGAGCCUCUAGUGGCUGUCUCAUUGACAACCGCUAGAGGCGCUUGCGUGCGUCUCACUGUGAAAAUCACAGUGAGAGCACGCAAGCGUCCAUAGGAAAGCAUUGUAAAUGCGUUCCUAUGCGACCGGCUGAAUGCGCGCGCGGCUCCUGCCGCGCAUGCGAAUUCAGCCGAUGACGUCGCGAGCAAGGAGGAGAAGAGGAGUACAGCUCCCCGCCCGGCGCUGGAGAAAGGUAAGUGUUUAACCCCUUCCUCUCUCCAGAGCCCGGCACUAUAGUGCCAGGAAAAGGAGUAUGUUUGUUUUCCUGGCACUAUAGUGGUCCUUUAAACUUUAGUGCCCUGAGGGUGCCCCCACCCUCAGGGUCCCCCUCCCGCCGGGCUGGAUGGCGAGGAAAGGGGUUAAACUUACCUUUAUUCCAGCGCCGGGCAGGGAGCUCUCCGCCUCCGAUCCUCCUCCUGGGCUGAAUGCGCAGUUCAAUAAAGUGAUCUGGGUGCACUGUCCAAAGUCCCAUAACCCUGCAAAGGUAAUUAUUGCAGUUUUCUCUGAAACUGCUAUGCUUAUAAAAAAAGGGGUUAACCCUAGCUGGACCUGGCACCCAGACCACUUCAUUAAGCUGAAGUGGUCUGGGUGCCUAGAGUGGUCCUUUAAGGGGUUAAAGGAAUGCUAUAUGCACCCAGACCAGUUCAGUAAAGUGAUCUGGGUGCACUGUCCAAAGUCCCAUAACCCUGCAAAGGUAAUUAUUGCAGUUUUUCUGAAACUGAAGUAAUUACCUUUCAGCGUUAACUCCAGCUCUAGUGGCUGUCUACCAGACAUCCAGCGUCACCCAAAAUCCCAUAGGAGAGCUUUGUAUAAUGCUUUCCUAUGGGUAAAUCCUAAUACGAGGGACAUCAGCGCUAAACCCAGGUAAGUGACAGGUUUUUGGUUUUUUUCGUUUGUUUUUUUGUUUUUUUUAACAGGAGAGGGGAAGCUACUUUGCUAGAAAAACAAGUUUUUUCCUGGCACUAUAGUUUCCCUUUAAAGAGAUCCUAUAGGGCCAGGAAAAGAAACCCUUUUCCCUGGCACUAGAGGUUCUUGGAGAGCCCCUCCCCUCUUGGCGCUCAAGAGGUUAAAACCCCUUCAGCCACUUAACUUAGUCCAGCACCUAGGCUCCCUUAGUGCUGGUGACCUCUCCUCCCCCACCAAUGUCAGCUCCCAAGUGGAGCCGCAUGCGCGGCCAGAGGCGCGUGCAUUAUGCUUUCCUAUGGGGAUCUUAUUUGACGCUGGACUUGGUGAGGAUGUCCUGCGUCCCAUAAGUGCGAUUUACUCAGUGUAAAUCACGGAAGCGGCAUCUAAUGGCUGUCCUGGAGACAGCCACAAGAGGCUGGAUUAACCCUGCAAUGUAAACAUAGCAGUUUCUCGGCCGAUAUUCAUUAUUUUCGUCAAUAUCGGCAUCAGCCAAUAAAGAUACCGAUAUUGCAGAUAAUACAUACCAGGACCGCUGGGCCCAUGACAAGCCUGGCGGUCCUAGUGGGGGCACACAGCAAGCGGUUACUUACCUUCCCAGCAGCUCCCUGUGUAAAUCUUGCGAGUCCCGCGGCAGUCAGAGCGUAGCCACGGGUUACCAUGGCAAUGGUGGAUGCGAGAUUUACACAGGGAGCUGCUGGUAAGGGAAGUAAGCGCUUGCUGCCGCCCCCCUCUGUACUUUCCAUGCCACUGGCCCACCAGGGAAUGUUAUAUGUGUGUUUGUGUGUGUGUGUGUGUGUGUGUGUGUGUGUGUGUGUGUGUGUGUGUGUGUGUGCGUGUGUGUGUGUGUGUGUGUGUGUGUGUGUGUGUGUGUGUGUGUGUGUGUGUGUGUGUGUGUGUGUGUGUGUGUGUGUGUGUGUGUGUGUGUGUGUGUGUGUGUGUGUGUGUGUAGUAGCUAGGUUGCAAUUUGGGAGGACUUUUUUUUUUUAUAUUUAAUUAUUAUUAUUAUUUUUUUUUUUUUAGUUCCCCACCCUCCCUGCUUCUUACUUGGCCAGGGAUGGGGGGGAAACUAAAAAAAUAAAUAAUAAUUAAUUUUUUUUUUUUAAAUUAGAUAAAUGCCGCCUCCCCCCAAAUUGCAUACCUACAGAAACACACGCACACUACACAAACACGCUGUGUAUAUAAUGCAUACACACACUGCAUUAUAUAAAUACUGCAUUCAUUAUAUACACACUACACACACACACUGCAUUAUAUACACAUACUGCACAAACACACACUUUGCAUUUAGUAUAUACACAUACUACACCCACUGCAUUCACUUUACACACACACAUACUCUGCAUUCAUUAUAUACACUACACAAAUACAUACUGCAUCCACUACACACACUACACAAACACACAGAGCUCCCCUGUCUAAACACACUGCAUCCACUACAUGUGGCAUGUAUAUUUUGUGCAUUUACCUUUAGAAAUUAUUUUUUUUUUCAAAAUAGUAAAUGUACAGAAUAUCGGUAUGUUAUCGGCUUGAAAGUUCAGAGUAUCGGUAUCAGCUCUAAAAAAAAAAAAAAAUCAUCGGUCGAUCCCAAGUUAAAACUAUGGUGACCUGGCACCCAGACCACUUCAUUGUGCUGAAGUGGUCUGGAUGCCUAUAGUUGUCCUUUAAGUACUUGAGGGUGGAUUACCAUCUGGCCCUGGAGAUGUGUUUACAUUAACUUUAAUUGCUGCAACACCUUGUCUUAAAGGACCACUCUAGGCACCCAGACCACUUCAGCUUAAUGAAGUGGUCUGGGUGCCAGGUCCAGCUAGGGUUAACCUUUUUUUUUUUUUUUUUAAUAAACAUAGUUAUAUGCUGUUUAUAAAUGGGUUAAUCCAGCCUCCAAAUCCUCUAGUGGCUGUCUCAUUGACAGCCGCUAGAGGCGCUUGUGUGACUCUCACUGUGAAAAUCACAGUGAGAAUACGCCAGCGUCCGUAGGAAAGCAUUGUAAAUGCUUUCCUAUGAGACAGACUGCGCGUGCAGCUCUUACCACGCGUGCGCAUUCAGCCGAAGGGGAGGAGAAGAGGAGGAGAGCUCCCUGCCCGGCGCUGGAAGAAAGGUAAGUUUAACCCCUUUCCUCUCCCCAGAGCCGGGCGGGAGGGGACCCUGAGGGUGGGGGCACCCUCAGGGCACUAUAGUGGUCCUUUAAGUCAUCCAAUCACAGUAUUUGUGCAAGUGUGCUUCAGUUUUUCUUUUGCGUUAUGCAAUGAUAAUAUUGGUUUGCAGAUAUUCCAUUUAUUGUGUUUUGUAUUUUGUAUUUUUCUUUUUUCUUCAGAAAAGCAUGUAUGCCAGUCAAGGAAUUGUAAAGCUUCCGUUAUUUUAUUGAAACUGACAUUUUAAAAAUUAUAUGAACCAAGCAAUUAAAGGAAAUGUGUUAAAUAUACGCCAUGAAAUCAGUUUAAAGGAUAACUAUAGUGUCAGGAAAACAAACUUGUUUUCCUGACACUUUAUAACCCUUUGGACCCCCUCCCUUGGCGCUGAAGGGGUUAAAACCCCUUCAGCUACUUAGCUUUAUCCGGCGCUGGUGACCUCUCCUCCCCCGCCAACUUGGGCUCCCGAGUUGAGCGGCAAGUGCCGCGCGCGCAUUCAAACUGUCCAUAGGAAAGCAUUUAUCAAUGCCUUCCUAGGGACGCUCUGCACGCUGGAUGCGAAAAUCGCAUCUAGUUUUGCAGAGGCGCCUCUAGCUGCUGUCAGGAAGACAGCCACUAGAGGUUGGAUUAACCCUGCUAUGAAAACAUAGCAGUUUCUCUGAAACUGCUAUGUUUACGUCUGAAGGGUUAAAACCUGGGGGACCUGGCACCCAGACCACUUCGUUGACCUGAAGUGGUCUGGGUGACUAUAGUGUCCCUUUUAGCAUAAGCCAAGGAGCACACACGCAUGUACUUUUGUGCUGUACCCCUUUAUUAAAAACCAAUAAACAGUUAUAUACAUAAAUUCACAGAACCUGUGAAAGUAAUCACAACUAAAGGGGAAGUUAUGGGGAAAGGAGCUUAUGCUGUUGUUAAGCAAGUAGGAAGUUGAUCAAUAGGUGCUUUUAACAUUGGCAAACAAUGCUGAUUUCUGGUGAACAACUUCUGAGAAAUCUAGAAGGUAUGUUAACUACACUAUUUAUUUAUUGAUCUCCAAUAAAUUCUACUGGUAUGUGGAAAGGGGGAUACACUCUGGUAACUGCAUGACACUCCAUAAUUAAAAUAUGAAGAAUUGAUUAGUUCCAUUUCAAAUGGAUCAUGAGAACAAAACAAUAUUUUUGUGAUUUCUUUUUUUUUUUUUUUUUUUAUAAACAUUUUGCCCUUCUAUAAUUUGGACAUUCUCAUGAUGCCUAGCUAACCCUUCAAAAACAAUCUACAGCAGCUGCUGUGCCAAAGGUUCACUGGCUAAAAGGGUUCUCUGUAAAUUUUUCAUAAUGCAAAAUCCUAUGGUUUCAUUGUUUGUCAUAUAUAAUUAUAUAUUUAUUGUGUGUGUGUGUGUGUGUGUGUGUGUGUGUGUGUGUGUGUGUAUAUAUAUAUAUGUAUGUAUAUAUUUUUUUUAAUUUUUUUUUUUUUAAUAUAAUGUUAAACUAAAAUCUGCACACCAGUCAAGCCAUAAGACUUGCUUUUCCCACAGAAAGCACAAAUUUGCAGUGAUGUUACUACCGCAAAGGAUUCUGGAUGGGCAUAUGCAAAUUAGUUUAACAAAGAAUCACAUUUUCUUCAGGUGGAAGGGGGUUUUCAAUCACUGUUUUUUCCCUACCGUAACUUUUUUGUUUUUUGAUAUUGAAAAACAAAAAAGUUACGGUAGGGAAAAAACAGUGAUUGAAAACCCCCUUCCACCUGAAGAAAAUGUGAUUCUUUGUUAAACUAAUUUGCAUAUGCCCACCCAGAGAGAGAGAGAUAUAUUUAUGUAUUUAUGUUCGGUGCUAUUCUUGUAACGUAUAUAUCGUAUGGUGUAACCAUAGGUAUGAACAAGUCAGUUGAAGUGUGCUGAAACCGACGUAUGCGGUAGGCCUGUAAUAAAGAGGGCCCACCCUGGAUAUAAAAUAAUAAAUUAAUUGAGUUGAGGGAGUGGUGGGUGGGGCCUGCCGAAGUCAAAACUACACGGUGAUGCAGAGAAAGGGGGGUGAGUUUAAAUAGGAUCACCACGCCCCUCCCACAACUCCAGGCAAGCCUUUACAUAUAUUAUAAUUUUUAACCUUACCAGGCUUGAAGAGGAAAUAAUCAACAAUUUGUUUUUCCACAGCAAGCAAGAAGAAAGACAAGGAGCGUCCUGAAAUUUCACCGCCAUCUGACUUUGAACAUACUAUACAUGUGGGCUUCGAUUCAGUUACUGGAGAAUUUACAGUGAGUAACUCGUGGCUGCUAAUAAGUAGGCAUUAUGACAUUCAGGACCUCAGCCGAUUGCACUGUGGUACAACAAAAUAACUGCACUAGGCAUUAAUAUGGAAGCUACUCUUUUGCAGAAUUUGUGCUGGUGACAUACUAUGCAUUGCCACUUGGGGCACCUCCUAUUUUCUGUACUACUUUUAGCAGCUAUUACGGGAUGGACAACAUAUCCCAUAAUGCUCUUACAACUUUAAAGGAUUACUAUAGUGUCAGGAACAAACAUGUAUUCCUGACACUAUAGUGGUAAAAUAACAAUUUAAGUCCCCUCUUCACUUUGGGGGAUAAAAAGGUGAUUUUAGUCACCUUUUUUUCCAGCAUGCGGCAUAGUAAAGCAUUGGGAGGCUAUUGCAUAUGCCUGGCAAAACAUACAGCCGCUACCCUGCCAUCCUGCCCGACUAUAUCAAGCUGAACUCCCACAGCAGUAUGCACCUAGGCCUGCCUAUCCGAUCCCAGCAUAUGCCAGACAAGUCUCCCAAGUGGCGAUGAAGGCGGAGGUACUGUGGGACCGCGAAUGCGGCACAGAAUCCGCCUACAUACAUCAGCCCUAGAGGACUUCCCCUCGUGCCUGCCCGAGCAGCUGGCUCACAGCGCAAGAUGUUCCGGUCAUAACCUUCUGAACCUUCCUGAUGGGGCCGCAACGCUUGAAGACAGCCAGAUUACAGCAGGACUAUAUGAGACCCAUAGAGGGUUUUGGCUGAAUUGAGCUCCCCCUUCAGCCUUCAUAUUGCAAACCUUGGUUAGAAAUUUUUCAAAUUUAUGUUCUGAGCCUAAUCUUAUGUUUAUAUCCUGACUUUUUUUUUUUUUAUGGGGGCCUUACUAUCAAACUACCCAAGGUGGGGGUCUAUGGGGUGUUCACACACUAUGUUGAUGUAGCAAUACCAAGCUCAACACAAUUCUUGCGCACUAACCUUAUCUAACCCUGAACUGGCAAGCUUAACUUGUUCUGACGCUUAAUAUUUACUGUCAGUGUCACAAUUGCCAGCACUCAUCAAUCUUGGUCACAGAGGGUUCCUUUCUUAUGGCUGUCACAUGACAUAACUAACCCUCACUGAUCCCUGUGACUUUGCCUUCACUACCAUACUAUUAUCAAAGGUGCAGAUUACCCGUUAUGCCACACAAAUCUUUUACUAUGUUUCAUAAUAUUUGCAUUAACUGCUGUGGCUCUGCAAGUCUGCUUGUAUGCCUAUGCACAACAUAAAAUAAAUAAUUUUUUUUUUUUUUUUUUAAAGUGUUCGCUUGUUGCAUAUCAUGAUAUACCUUUACCAACUUUAGUUUUUUUUUUUUUGUUUGUUUUAGGGAAUGCCAGAGCAGUGGGCACGUCUGCUACAAACCUCAAACAUAACUAAGCUUGAACAGAAGAAAAACCCACAGGCUGUGCUGGACGUACUAAAAUUCUAUGAUUCGAAGGAUACUGCUAAGCAGAAAUAUCUGAGUUUCUCUGCCCCAGGUAAAAUUAUGCACAAAUGGCAACUUUGCAUGUAACCAUUGAAGGAGUGUAUAGUUUGUGUAAACUCCCUGAAAACUUUUUCAUUUUUCUAAAAUAGUCUUUGUUGUAAGUACACUGUCCUACAAAUGUUGUGUAUAUUUUUAAGCCCAUAUUCCUAUAGGUGGUCCUUCGUCAUUUUGAUUAAAUAUUUGUAAUUUUUAACUCUGUCUAUGAGUCUUAAGUUAUUUAAAGCUACUCAUACAGAGAUUAACCACUUUGUUGCUGGCAGAGUCAUUAGCCAGUCCAGAGCAUAGUUCUGGGCUGGCUAUUGUCAAUCUGUUGCAAAAAUGCAAACUGAUGCCAGCACACUCAGCAUGUUCGUGACUAAGCCCCUCACUCCACUGAGCGUGUGACAUCGGCCAUAGAAGAUCUGGCUGAGAUAAUUUUACAUUUUUUUUUUUUUUUUUUUAAGCCUUUUUAAUUUUGUCAUGGUGGGACAGUUUAGCACGGAAGAGGUUACUGCAAGCAAAACCAGUGUUUUUAUAAAAACCUGGUUUUUGUUUAAAAAAAUAAAAUAUACAAUUGAGUUGAUGAAAUUGUUUACAAUUUAAUGCUAGCCUUUUCUCUUUCUAGAUAAAGAUGGGAUCCCUUCUGGUGUAUCACCUGCUGUGAGUAUUUUAUUUUUAGUAAUUGAACCUUUGUACGUUUUGUUUAAAUAUUUGGGUGGUUUAUUAUUUGUAUAUAGAUAACAUUCAGAAAAGUAGACUCUUUAGUUUAUUACUUUAUGGUUAUUCUACUCAUGUUUUUAAUUCUUUGUCAUAAUCUUGCAUCUAUAAAUUAAACAGAUUGGAAAUAUAUAUUUAUGAGAUGAACUGUUAUGAAGUGUGCUGCCUUGUAUUAUUUUUGCAUUAUUGUACAUCCUUUUCAGCCUCAUGCAAAGGGUUCGGAGCCUACAAGAGUGGCAACAGGUGAUGAUGAUGAUGAUGAAGAGGCUCCUCCUCCUAUUAUUGCUCCACGACCAGAGCACACAAAAUCGGUGAGUUGCUUAAGUAGAGCAAAUUUCUAAUGUUUUUGAAAAGCUUGACUUGAAUUACUACUACCACCAACAUUAAAGGGUCACAUAAAAAUUACUUAUUUUAAAAAUGGCAGUGUUUUCUGUAUAUUUUAAUUGCAAAUGCAGAAAGGGUGAAUGACAAAGAUGUGAAAACAAAUAUCUGGUAAUGUCGAUGGAAGCAAAGCUACUCUACAUGUUAAAUUGAGUGAAACAUCACAUAAAGCUCCACUAAGCGUUUGUGAAGUGGACAGGCCUUUCCCUAACUAUUACUGAAAUAGAAACAAGCUUCCAGUAACUUUAUUAGAUUGUUGGAGGUGAGCUUAGCAGUUCAUAAUGAUUGCGGAUUAAUUUACCCUUUCCUGACCUCGGAUGUACCUGGUACGUCCACGGCAAAUAGGCGCCAUUUACUUACCUGGAAGGGAGGGACUGCCAGAUAGCAGCUCUGGCACUCCAGGGCCAUAUGAUCACAUGGCCGCAAUAGUAGUCUAUGCCGUCCGCAAGGCAACUAAAAUGUGUGUAAAAAUUAAUAAAUAAUAAAUAUAUUGUGUUUGUGUAUAUGUAUGUAUGUAUAUACACCCAGUCUCCACUCAUUCAAAAAAUCAUUGAAAACGCACUUCUCCCAGAAAGCAUAUCAAUUAAACUGUUAGCAGGUUUUUAUCCCCCACUACCCAUGACUUCUCUCCUGCAACUGUCAAAAUUACCUACUAAGCCCGCAGUGAAUGCUUUUCUAACAACCUACUUCGUACCCCUACUUUUACCCAUUGUGUCACUACACCCCACUCCCUCUAGAAUGUAAGCUCAUUGAGCAGGGCUCUCCACCUCUCUGUUCAUGGAUGUCCAGUUGUUUGAUUACAAUUACAUGUCUGUUAGUCCACCCAUUGUACAGCGCUACGGAAUCUGAUGGCGCUAUAUAAAUAAUAUAAUUAUAUAUAUGUUUAUAUUUAUUUAAAUUUUAUUUAUAUAUAUUUUAUUUAUGUAUAUCUAUCUGUAUCUCAAAAAGAACCACACAGGAUCAUUAUAGUCUCAGGAAAACAAACUUGUUUUCCUGACACUAUGUAACACUUAGGUCCCCCCCACCCUCAGGGUUCCCCUCCCGCUGGGUUUAAGGGGUUACAACCCCUUCAGCCACUUACCUUUUAUCCAGCACCGGGCUCCAUCGGCGCUGGUGACCUCUCCUCCCCCACUGACGUCAGCUCCCGAGAGGAGCGGAAUGCGCAUGCACGGCAAGAGCCGCGAGCGCAUUCAAACAGUCCAUGGACAUUCUGCACGCUGAAUGCUAUUUUCGUAUCCAGCGUUGCAGAAGCGCCUCUAGUGACUGUCCAGAAGACCGCUACUAGAGGCUGGAUUAACCCUGCUAUGUAAACAUAGCAGUUUCUCUGAAACUGCUAUGUUUACAUCUGAAGGGUUAAAACCUGGGGGACCUGGCACCCAGACCACUUCAUUGAGCUGAAGUGGUGUGGGUGACUAUAGUGUCCCUUUAAAGUAAAAUUUAACUAUUUAAUCCAUUAAAAGAUGACGUUUCAGCUUCCACAUGGUAGCCCAGGAAUGAGAAUUACCCCCAUGAUGGCAUACCCUUUGCAAAAGAAGACAACCCAAGGUAUUGCAAAUGGGGUAUGCUCAGUCUUUUUUAGUAGCCACUUGGUCAUAAACUGUGGCCAAAGUUAGCGUUCAUAAUGGUUUUUUGCAUUUUUAACAUGCAAACAAAUAUAAAUGCUAACUUUGGCCAGUUUGUGACUAAGUGGCUACUAAAAAAGACAACAUCAUAACCCAUAUUGAAUACUCUGGGUUGGCUACUUUAAAAAAAAAAAAAAAGAAAAAAAAGUUGUGAAUCAGAGAUUUAUGACAGAUAACAGUGUUACAAUGUUACUUUGAUACAUUUUAAAAAUAAAUAUUUUGAAACCGCAAUGUCCUACUUUUAUUUAUAGCCCUAUAACUUUUCAAAAAAAAGCUAAGAACAUGUUAACAUUGGUUAUUUCUAAACUCAGGACAAAAUUUAGAAACUAUUUAGCACAGGUGUUUUCUGGUGGUUGUAGAUGCGUAACAGAUUUUGGGGGUCAAAGUUAGAAAAGGUGUGUUUUUACAUUUUUUUUCAUCAUAUUUUAUAAUUUUCUUUACAGUAAAUGAUAUGAUGAAAAUUAUGGUAUCUUUAGAAAGACCAUUUAAUGGCAAGAAAAACUGUAUAUAAUGUGUGGGUAUAGUAAAGAGGAAAAUUACAGCUAAACACAAACACCGCAGAAAUGUAAAAACAGCCCUGGUCCUUAAAGGACCACUAUAGUGCCAGGAAAACAUACUCGUUUUCCUGGCACUAUAGUGCCCUGAGGGUGCCCCCAACCUCAGGGACCCCCUCCCGCCCGUCUCUGGAAAGGGGUUAAAACUUACCUUUUUCCAGCGCUGGGCGAAGAGCUCUCUGCCUCCUCUCCUCCUCCGUUACGCCCCGCCGGCUGAAUGCGCACGCGCGGCAAGAGCUGCGCGCGCAUUCAGCCGGUCUCAUAGGAAAGCAUUUAUAAUGCUUUCCUAUGGACGCUGGUGUGCUCUCACUGUGAAAAUCACAGUGAGAAGCACGCAAGCGCCUCUAGUGGCUGUCAAUGAGACAGCCACUAGAGGGAAUAGGGGAAGGCUUAACCCAUUAAUAAACAUAGCAGUUUCUCUGAAACUGCUAUGUUUAUUAAAAAAUGGGUUAACCCUAGCUGGACCAGGCACCCAGACCACUUCAUUAAGCUGAAGUGGUCUGGGUGCCUAGAGUGGUCCUUUAACUGUAAGAAUACUGAAAAACAUGUUUGUGUUCCUGACCCUGUUGUGAUCCUUUAAUCUUUCCUGCAGGCUCUAUGCCAUGGAAAGAUGCAACAAAAUUAUAUUGUUACACAAUUAAGAAACAAAAUGUAUCAAAAAGUCACUCAUGAAGUAGAGAGCUGUAAAAUAUGCUGCAGGUUCUUAGUCACUGCUUCAGAUUUUUAUAUGGAUCAAAAUUUUAAAAUACAUUGUUUUUUUCAUCAAUUAUUUAGCCUGCUCAUCCUAAUAGUCAGAUUUCUGCAGUUUCUCCUUGUCCUAAUUGGCUUUUGGGAACAAUAUUGAGCCAAGGUUGAUAAUGGCAACUUUAUUUAUCAAUAAAUCCGUUCACCUAGGUCAGGCAUAGGCAACCUUCGGCACUCCAGAUGUUGUGGGCUACAACUCGCAUGAUGCUUUACCAGCAUUAUGGGUGUAAGCAUUAUUGGGGAUGUAGUCUACAACAUCUGGAGUGCCAAAGGUUGCCUAUCCCUGACCUAGGUCAUAGAUAAACUUAGAAAACAUAGAAUGUGACGGCAGAUAAGAACCAUUUGGCCCAUCUAGUCUACCCAAUUUUCUAAAUACUUUAAUUAGUCCCUGGCCUUAUCUUAUAGCUAGGAUAGCCUUAUGCCUAUCCCAUGCAUGCUUAAACUCCCUCACUGUGUUAACCUCUACCACUUCAGCUGGAAGGCUAUUCCAUGCAUCCACUAGUAAUACUUCCUGAUGUUCUUUUUAAACCUUUUCUCCUCUAAUUUAAGACUGUCCUCUUGUUGUGGUAGUUUUUCUUCUGUGGUAGUUUUGUCUCCUCUUUUACCGUGUUGACUCCCUUUAUGUAUAUAAAUGUUUCUAUCAUAUCCCCCCGUCUCAUCUUUCCUCCAAGCUAUACAUGUUAAGAUCCUUUAACCUUUCCUUGAAAGUUUUAUUCUACAAUCCAUGAACCAGUUUAGUAGCCCUUCUCUGAAUUCUCUCUAAAGUAUCAAUAUACUUCUGGAGAUACGGUCUCCAGUACUGCGUACAAUACUCCAAGUGAGGUCUCACCAGGGUUCUGUUCAAUGGCAGGAGCACUUCCCUCUUUCUACUGCUAAUACCUCUCGCUAUACAACCAAGCAUUCUGCUAGCAUUUCCUGCUGCUCUAUUGCAUUGUCUUCCAACCUUUCAGUCAUGUGAAAUAAUUACCCCUAAAUCCCAUUUCUCAGAUGUUGAGGUUAGGACUCUAUCAAAUAUUCUGUACUCUGCCCUUGGGUUUUUACGUCCAAGGUGCAUUAUCUUGCACUUAUCCACAUUAAAUGUCAGCUGCCACAACUCUGACCAUUUUUAUAGUCUACCUUAAUCAUUUGCAAUUUGGCUUAUCCCUCCUGGAACAUCAACCCUGUUACAUAUCUUAGUAUCAUCAGCAAAAAGACAUGCCUUACCAUCAAGACCUUCUGCAAUAUCACGAAUAAAAAUAUUAAGAGAAUGGGUCAAAGUACAGAUCCCUGAGGUACUCCUCUGGUGACAAGAUCAUGCUUCAAAUAUGCUCCAUUGACUACAACCCUCUGUUGCCGGUCACUCAGCCACUGCCUUACCCAUUCAACAUUAUUGAAAUCUGAAAUCCAUGUGAUUUUAGAUGUUCAACAAUCUUAUCCUUUAACAUAAUUUCCAUCACUUUCCCCAUUAAUGAAGUAAGGCUUACUGGCCUUUAGUUACCCGACUCCUCCCAACUUUCUUGUUAGUGGGCACAACAUUCGCUAUCUUCCAAUAGUAAUGUUUUAAUUUUUCAAUUUGAAAGCGGUUUUCCUUAUUUUCCUUACAGAUGUAUACCCGUUCUGUCAUUGACCCAAUACCACCUCCGGCUGGUGAUGCAGACAGUGCAGCAAAGAGUGCAGACAGGCAGAAAAAGAAAACGAAGAUGAGUGAUGAAGAAAUUAUGGAGAAACUCAGUAAGUUCAUAUUCUAUUCAGAAUUCCGAUUUUUGAAUUUUUUUUUUUUACUUUUUUCCGUCUCCUGUUUAUUGUUCCAAUUAGACAGUAUCGGCCUUCAUUGUAAAAUCAACAUUUGCUAAAUUAUUUAAAUAACCACUCAAGCAAUAUAACCACUACAAAUUUCUGAUGCCAUCCAACCUUAAGUUGUCAAGCCAUUUUAGCACAAUUUAACAACUUACCCGGAUCCCCCCCCUAGCACGUUUCUUUUUUGUUUUUCUUUCUUCUCCAGCAGAAGUUGCAGGGAUAGAGAACCUUUAGCACAUUGAGAUGUGCACUACAUCUUUCCAGAUGCUUUUCCAGCAUUAUGGCUGUAAGCCUUAUGGGAGAUUUAGUCACGUCAUCUGGAGUGCAGAAAGUGGUCUAUCCUUGCUCUAAAGCAAAGCUGGCUGAUGCAGGAAUGCACUCAGCUGUUUCUUUCAGCCAGUAAUUGCAUUCCUGCUUUGCUCUAAGCAGUGACAGCCAGCCUAAGCAGCGAGGGUGAUCUACAGGUAAGUUUUCAAAUUGCUAUGGUGCCCCUGGCACCAUAACCACUAUAGUGAGUUGUAGUGCUGACGGUGCUUGGAAUGUUCCUUUAAAUACAAUAGUUUAACUGGCUUCUGCUGUUUUUAGGAACAAUUGUAAGCAUUGGGGAUCCCAAGAAGAAAUACACCCGAUAUGAAAAAAUUGGUCAAGGGUGAGUAAUCUCAAAUCUUAAACUAUGAUAAUUUAAAAUAACUACUAAUAAUAGAGUAACAAUGUGGGGUUUUGCUCUCCUUGUUUGUUUAUUGUGCUUCUAAAUAAUGCCCUUUUAAAUAUUGCUUUGACAAUCCAGGUACCAUAACCACAAAGUAGCACAUGUAGUGGUUAUGGUGUUUGAAUUAUUUGUUUAAUAUAUUGCUGUGCAGCUGGGAUUCCUUCUAGAGUCAAUCUCCUAGAAAAAAACUAAGUUUGGGGAUUGGGAUAUUGCCAAGUCUGAUGUGGGUUGUACUUUAUAAAAAUUUUCAAUUUUUUUUGGUAUUUUUUUAUUUUUAUUUUGUGAUAUUCUUCAGUUUGUCUCUAUUGAGAAAUUUCGUUAAUAAUUCAAAGAUAGUGAUACAGUAAACAUUUUCAUAUUGUACAUUAGAUAUUUACUCUGUGAGCUUUAUAUUUCAGAAGGUUUUAAAACGUUUAACAUUUUGUUUCUUCUAGUGCUUCUGGAACAGUCUUCACGGCAAUAGAUGUUGCAACUGGUCAAGAGGUAAUGCAGUAGGAAUGCUUUUGUCCUCUCUCUAUUGGACUAGCAUCUUCCCCAAGUUCUAGAAUUUUUAAUAAACAUGUAACCAAUGCAAUUUUAGCACAGUGUAUCCCUGAAUGUUACUCUGAAAAUUUGGUGGCACACACGCCCCUGUCUUUUCCAUCAAGUUAGAUUUUUUUUUUUUUUAAAACACACAUUGACUGCAUUUUAAAGAUUUGAAAUUCCUUGAUAGUCAGACGUUACACAUGAGAAAGGAGCUAUUUCUUUGUAUUCAGACUUAUGUUCCAAACAUCCAAGCAGCAGUCUUAACAAGUGGAAUGUAGAUGCCCAUUUCUCACAGGACAGAGGUAGCAUUGAAAAGGUUAAAAAACAAAAUGCAGUACCCAACCCCUGUCUCCUUCCCUCCUAGCCUUAUAAAGGGCAACUCGACCCUGAGCUCCCCAGUAUUUGCCUGUCCUCAAGAGAGACCUGUCUGGUAGCAGAGCUAUCCCUACCCUUUGCAUAAUUGGUGCUUUUGGUGUUUUGGAUAGCCGUGUCAGGGGGCUGCUGCUCUUGGAGGGCUCUGUUUUUUUUUUUGUUUUUUUUUGACGGAUUGCUUGGCAUGUGCGCUUGUCCUUCAGUUAUUAUAGGAUAUGAACACACGACAGGCUCCUGUGUUUCACUCAUUUAUUAUUCUGCCCAAUCCGUGCCAGGUGACGGUAGAGGUGAAGAUGCAUCUGUAAGCACAGCUGGGAGGCUCCAAAGAGCCUGUUAUAGAGGUUGCAUUUUCAGAAAAUUCACUCAUGUACACAUAGCUUAAUCACUUCUGGAAAUCAGCAGGAGUUUGAUUUCUUUUUUUUUUUUUUUUAUUCUUUAUUUUUGUCAUGCAUGUAUCAACAACAAAUACACAGAGCCACAUCAGCGUCUGUGUGCAGCUUACAGCAGUUAACAUUGUCACAGGUUAAUACAGCACAUUUUUUAAAGUUAAAAAGUAAUAAGACAUAAAAAAAUAAAGACAAGAAAAAAAAAAAAACCAGACAAUUCUAUUAGCAGACAGUGAGGUGGAUAACACGCAGGACUCUAUACUCAUUCGAAUUCAAAUUCCGUUCUAAUGAGCAAUGGCAUUCUUGCUACUUUUAUUGCUUAUUGAUCUAAGAAGGGACCCAGUAACUGUGUGAGAUGCCCAAAAAAUAUCAGGGGAUUGAUGAAUAUAACGAGUUAGUACAAGGAGUUUGAUUUCUGAUUAUGAAAAGUAAGCUGUUUAUCUACCUUUUUUUAAUUUUUUUUUUUUUUUAAAUCUUCUUUACCUUCUGACUAGGUUGCUAUUAAACAAAUAAAUCUUCAGAAGCAGCCCAAGAAAGAACUGAUCAUCAAUGAAAUUCUGGUGAUGAAAGAACUGAAGAACCCAAACAUUGUAAACUUUUUGGACAGGUACCAUAAGAUGCACCUUUGUAUUUGUAAUGCUUAUUCACAUGUCAAGCUAAUCCAUGUUGUCACUGAACCUGUGAGGCAUAUGUGCUUCCUUUUUAGAUGUGAUAAACCGUUUUUCUUAAAGGACAACGGCUAUUACACUUUUACAUCUCGUUUAUUACAUUUAAUGAAAAUCAAUAUUUUUUAAAUUAUGGUUUUGUAAUAGAAAAUUUUACUUUUCCUGACACAUGGUGGCAGUACAGUAGGGAUGUAUUCUUCCCUCGGGACAAGCAUCUGAAAUAAAAAAUAAAAAAAGUUCCUCCCCUUACCAGGUAUAAGAGGCCAAACCAGCCCUGGGACCUCAGUUCUCUUUCUUGUUCCAUCAGGAACGGACUGCAUCUGGAAUGAGAUGGUGAGGCACAUGGGUUGCUGCCAGGGGGAUGCGGUGUGAUAGCCCCCGGGUGGAGACCUGAAUGGCCAGCAAGCAUCCUGCAGGAUUACGGAGCAGGUAUGGUAAGCCUGCUUUAUGCCGAGUGCAGUCACCGGCGAAGCAGGGAGGCAGUCUCUAGUGGCAGCAAAUCACUGCCCGUCGGAGAUGCAUGCGCACGGCGGAACGCACGCCCAGGUGGUUAUGCGUUCCACCGGAGUUCCGACCGCGCUAUGCGCAUGCGCGGUCUGAACUCCCCAAAAUGGCGCCAGAUCUUAAAUGGAUCUGCCUAUUUAUGCUGUGCAGAUCUUACUGUCAGCAUGGAGCUCGGCAUUGAAGGUCUCCCGUGUCUUCAGCCCCUUUCCCUCUCCUCCCCCCCCUCACGGGUCAGAGGUUUUAGAGGUAAAGAUUCUUUAAGUCUUGAAUCUUUAAAACUCUCUAUUUUUGUUGUUUCUACAAAUAUGGUUUAUUUGCUUAUUUAUUGCAGAUAUGUCUAGUCCUGUCGCUACUGAUAAUAUGGAUAAAGACAAAGUGCCUGCACCUGCUUCUAAAAAAGCCAGUUCCAAAGUUCUCUGUUGUAGUGAAUGCUCCACUCUACCAGAUGGUUUUAAAAGGAAAGUCUGUAAUAUUUGCUCUUCUUUGACGCGAGAAAAAUCCAAACAACAAGAGAUGAAAUCUUUUUUGUCUUGGUUUCAGGAUAAUCUGGCCCAGUCUUUUAAAGAGCCUGCACACACUUCUCCUGUAAAAGCUACUAAACAGAAGUCUAAAAGGAAGAGAACACCGUAUAGUUCAGAACUAUCCUCGGGUGACUGUUCUUUUUCUUAUUCAGAAUCCUCUAGCGACUCUUCUGUUACUGAAGUUGGUUUUCCUCAUGAUGAAUUGAGAAAAUUUAUUAAAGAAGUUAAUGUUAUCCUUUCUGAUGAAACGGUAGACAAAUCCAAGGGUAAAGCACUUCCAGUCCAACAAAAAAUGCUGGAUUUGAUAUUUAGAGAAUGGAAGAACCCUGAGAAAAGGGCUUUUAUCUCCAGACAUUUUAAAAGUAUUGUUAAAAUGGAGGAGGAAGAUAAAUGGGAAGAAUUGACGGUAGUUGAUGUACAAGUGGCUCAAUUGUCUAAAAAAACCUACUAUGCCUAUUGGCGAAGUUUCUGGUCUGAAAGACCCUAUGGAUAAGAGGGCUGAAACUUCCAGCAGAAGGGCUUAUCAGGAUGCAGGUUUUCAGGCUAAAGCAGCAUUAGCCAGGGCUUCAGUGGUGAGAGCUCAGAAUCUUUGGCUUAACACUUUGGAAGAUGGUCUGGGUGAUCACCAAGACAAAGGCCUUUUCCCUCCUGUUCCAAAGGUUGUCUGAGUACCUUAUGGAUAUUAUCCUUGUCUCCUCCUACCGGUCGAAGUUAAAAAACCAAGCCCUUUUUUCUGCCACGGUCUCCCUAUUAAGAAAAGGUGUGGUAGAAAGGAUUCCAACUUCCCAAGUAUAUCAGGGUGUAUACUCCUGGUUGUUCCUAGUCCCAAAACCAGACAUGUCUUUUCGUCCAAUCUUGGAUCUAAACAAGCUCAUUCUUUACCAACAUUUCAGAAUGGAGACUAUAGCGUCUGUCACUCAUCCUUCGAAAAGGAGAUUUCAUGGCAACUUUAGAUCUAAAGGAUGCCUACCUGCAUAUUCCUAUGGAUGUGAAAUCAAGAAAAGGAAAAAUGUCCAUUUCCAAUUCAGAGCCCUUCCAUUCGGGCUAGCUUCAGCACCCAGGAUUUUUACAAAGGUCCUCACACCUGUCACAGCUUUUUUGAGGAUGCAAGGAAUCACAGUACCUUACUUGGACGACUGGUUAAUAAAGGCAGACUGAAGAGAUUCGGUCUUCCAGUCAUAGACCUUAUGGCAAGAAGAUCAAAUGCAAAAGUAAGAUCCUUUGCCUCCCUCUUCAAGGCAGACAAGCCGCUGGUAAUGGAUGGUCUUUCGAUCCAGUGGGAGUUUCCCCUUGCUUAAAUUUUCCCCCCAGUAAGCCUUGUCCCAAGGAUUCUGCAAACGGUAACAUCAAAUCAAGCUCAUAUUCUGGCCAUAAUACCGUACUGGCCAAACCGCAGCUGGUUCUCGGUUUUAAAGAAGAUGGCUUGAAAGUACUGGAUUCUCCCGGUCACACCGGAUCUUCUGGAAAACUAGGGAAUUCCAGUAGAAGUAUUGAACAUGUUCAGGUUGACAGCUUGGCUGCUGCAUGGCUAAUAUUACAUAAUAGGGGCAUUAAAGAAGAGAGGUUUCAGUUAAUGUUCUACCAGGAGCUCUACCUCUUCUAUCUACUUAAAAAUUUGGAUGAGAUUUCUUCACUGGUGCAUAACUCAUCGUUGCAUAGGAUCAUCUCCUUCUAUUGAUCCCAUCCUUAAUUUUUUGCAAGAUGGUCUUGCUCAAGGUUUUAGUCUGUCUACCCUCAAAGUCCAAGUUUCUGCUCUGUCAUUUUUUAGUAAAAAAUAAAAUAGGCUUCUGAUCCUCUCAGGAGAUUUUUUAAAGCUGUAAGACUCGUAAAGCCUCCUAAGAAAAUCUGUUUUCCCUCUUGAUUUGUCUUUAGUUUUGAGAUCUGUGUACUCAGCCUUUCGAACCUUUGGAAGAAGCUUCAUUGAAGAAUCUGUCCCUGAAGACCAUGUUUUUGGUGGCCAUUACUUUGGCUAAGAGGAUAGGGGAACUCCAGGCCCUUUCUUCCUCUCCUGAUUUUUACAAAAUUUCUUCUGAAUAAAGUGGUUAUGUACCCUAAGCCUUCCUUUCUUCCAAAAGUCAUCUCCUUCAAGGUUAUCAACCAACCUAUUUUUCUUCCUUCCUUUAAUGGUCCAUCUAUGCCAGAUUGGGAAUUUGAUUGGAGCCAACUAGAUGUUGGUAGGUCUCUGAAAAUCUACUUGGACCGCUCCUCUGCGUAUAGGAUGACUGAUCAUCUAUUCGUAAGUUUCUUUGGAAAUUUUAAAGGCCAAGUUGCCUCCAAGGCCACUUUGGCAAGAUGGCUGGUUGAUUCUAUUAAAUUGGCUUAUUCUACCUCAAAUCUUCCUCUGCCUGCCUCCUUGAAAGCACAUUCUACUAGAGCCAUGGCUGCCUCUUGGGCUGAAAAAGCGUGUGCCUCUCCGGAAGAUAUAUGCAAGGCGGCUACCUGGUCUUCUUUCAACACUUUUGUCAAACAUUACAGGCUAGACUUAUUCUCUGCCUCUGACGCUGAUUUUGGGCACAAGGUGUUACAAGCUGUUAUUGCCUAAAUUCCUGCCCUUAGUCUGAGAUCUCAAUAUAUCCCUAUUGUACUGCCACCAUAUGUCAGGAAAAACUGUAAUUUUACUCACCGUAAAUUCCUUUCUCCUUAAUAUGGUGGCAGUACAUCAAUCCCUCCCUUUAUGUGUGUAUGUAUGUAUGUAUAUAUAUGUAUGUGUAUAUGUAUAUAUAUGUAUAUAUAUAUAUAUGUAUAUGUAUAUGUAUAUAUAUAUAAAUUUUUUGGGUGUUCUAUGGAUUCACUGAGGUGUUCUUGGUACGUACUGAGAUCCCAGGGCUGGUUUGGUCUCUUAUACCUGGUAAGGGUAGGAACUUUUUAUGUUAAUUAUUUAUUUAAGAUGCUUGUCCCUAUUGUACUGUCACCAUAUUAAGGAAAAAGGAAUUUACGGUGAGUAAAAUUAUUUUUUAUUUUUUAUUUUUUUUUAUCUGGCUGACCAAAAGCUGCAAAAACUUGCCUACUGUAGUUAUUGUUCUACAUUAAACGGCGGCAGCCAGGCCAGUUAGGUUGAGCAGCCGUUGGACGGAUAACAGUAGAGUCUGAUGCAACACCUGAGUGCAUGUUCUAAUCUUAAGAAAACCAGUAUUGUGCUGAUGAACUGGGCACAGCUGGAGUUAUUUACAAAUCUAUCACGUGUUGACAUAAAACGCUUGGUCCGAAAGAGCUAGUUAUUGUAAUCGGAGACUAGAAAGUAUGGAAUGAAAUAAAAAAUGUGUUUGAGUAGAUUUGUACAUUCUGUUAAUUUCUCUAACACGUGACAUGAUGUCCUUACCUGUCUGUCUUAAUGCAUUUUUAAGUAACACAUUUCAUUUCUUGUGCAGUUUCCUAGUUGGGGAUGAACUGUUUGUUGUAAUGGAAUAUCUAGCAGGUGGGUCUCUCACAGAUGUAGUAACAGAAACCUGUAUGGAUGAAGCACAGAUUGCAGCUGUGUGCCGGGAGGUGUGUACCACUAUCUUGAUUUAACUUUGCGAUUAUUAAAAUCAAUUAAUUUUCAAAGCUGAAAAGGAAACUUUACCCUAACUAGGGUUAAAAUAUGCUAACCAUAUGAGUAAAUGUCACAUUUUGUGCUGAGAGAAAGUUUACCUACCAGCGCUAAACAAAAUGCUUUAAAAACAUGAUGCGUACUUGAAGUCCCAAGAUUCGCAACUUCUGCUAUGAACAGGAACACUGCCACUUUUGUUUAAAAAUAAAUAAAAAAAAUUUAAAAAUUGGGAUGUUUUACAUGGGUGGUUUAAAAUGACAGGACCACUGCACUCAGACUUAAUUGAAGUGGUUUGAGUGACUUUAGUGGUCCUUUUUAAAUGCAAGCUUUUCACAUGUCUCUUACACACUGAUAGAGCAGUUCAGUUUUUAGUUGAAUGCAUUGGCAGAUCUGUUUGCAACUAUCUUAAUUAAAAAGUAGUAACUAGAAAUUGCCUGGGUUCCAUUUACUAUUUUUUUCCCAAGGCCACUUAUGAGUGCCACGUCAGAACAAACUAUUUUUCAUCAUAGUUAUAAAAGAAUGCCAAUAGUGUUAGAACAGCACAUCUAUACAUGUUUAGGAAGUGAUGUACUGAUCCACAGAAAAGGAACCUGCAGAUUUGGAUGAAAGGGGGAAUACAAUAAACGAGAUUCUAAAACGUAUUAAUGUAUCACACAUAUUGUUAAAUAUCUGGCUGUGCACAAAAUGCAUAUGAUGAAUAAAUUACUUUUCCUAGUACUAGUCAUUAUUUUAAUUUUAUUUGGGUGUUUUAGGAUCUGAUAAAAUCCCAAUAUAAAUAUCAUGAAAGUUUAUGAAGUUUAUUUAAUGGCACCUAUAUACUUUGAAAUUACUGAUGUGUAAUGAUUUGUCUCUAUUUUUGUUGUAGUGUUUGCAAGCCCUAGAGUUCCUCCAUGCAAACCAGGUUAUCCACAGGGAUAUCAAGAGUGACAAUGUGCUUCUAGGAAUGGAUGGGUCUGUCAAACUUAGUGAGUAUAGGCCUUCCAUGAAUUGGAAAACUGACUUGCAACAUAAAAUCUUUUGUGAUUUCUUUCUUUAUUCAUUAAUUUUCCAAAACUGUGUCAGAAGAAAGGUAUUUUACAUCUAAGCAGAUUGCUUUAAACCUGUUUUGGUGUAUUCAGCAGUCAAUCCUAAAUCAAGAUGAUGUCAUUUAUGGGGUGGUUUAAAAUGCAUAUAUCCUAAGAUGAAGGCACACUAAAGGUCAAUGAAGUAAAGAUUCAAUAUUCUAUAAUAUAAUAACUUGGGAGUUACGCAACAUGCACUACUGAAUAGGAUAAAAGGAAACUAUUAGGACUACUUGUAUCAUGAUUUUUGCAAGUGAUUAUAGUGCUUGGAGUGUCCCUAUAUUCAUGACCUGAACAAUCUUUCUACAGCCGACUUUGGCUUCUGUGCACAGAUCACCCCAGAACAAAGCAAGCGUAGCACGAUGGUUGGAACCCCUUACUGGAUGGCUCCUGAAGUAGUUACCAGGAAAGCAUAUGGUCCUAAAGUAGAUAUAUGGUCUCUUGGUAUCAUGGCCAUUGAGAUGGUUGAAGGAGAGCCACCUUACCUCAAUGAAAACCCUCUAAGGGUAAGUUGGUGUGCAUCUAUUGUCUCAAGUGAUAAUCGAAGUACAUUUUGUUCAUUGUCUGUAAGCUUUUGAUUUCUCUCACUAGGCAUUGUAUUUGAUUGCUACUAAUGGAACCCCAGAACUGCAGAAUCCUGAAAAGCUGUCCCCUAUAUUCAGAGAUUUCCUGAACCGCUCUCUGGAAAUGGAUGUGGAAAAGAGAGGAUCAGCUAGAGAGCUCCUUCAGGUAAGUACAAUUUAAAUUUAAAAAAAUUUAAUAUUCAAAUGGAAAUAUUUUGUUCCUGAUUAAUAGAGUUUAGGGCUGAUCCUGGGGGUGCAUAGGGAAGGUAGAAGGGUGCAGAGAGGAACAAGCCAGUGGCCUGUCACAGGGGGCCCAGGAGAUGGCCACCUUAAGUAGCUUCCGAAGCAGGUAGCUGCCACUAAGGCAGAGUAGGCACCUGCUUAGCUGGACGGCAGGUGCCUACUCUGCCGAAAUAUAUUGGUGGCAAGGGAGCGCUGAUCUUACAAUUACUCACUGGUCCCUUGCGAGCCCUGCAAUGAUCCCAGGAGUCAAAAUAUGUAAUCACUGAACAUCUAUAAAGCCACUGGACCCUAGGGAGAGGAUCCACACCAGUUUACCCAAAGUUAAAAUUAAAUAAAAUUAAUUUGUCAGUGUGUCUGUCUACAAAAAGGGGUGUGGAUUAUAGAUGGAGAGGUGGAGUCUUUGCCAAUGAAACAUGCAUGUCUGGACUGGACAUUUGCAAAAGGGAGGGGUUGGUAAGAUGACCAUACCCACCUGGGGACACCCACAAAUAUUCUUCACCUAAGCAUUUGUGACCCUAAGAUCGACCCUGACCGUUACACCUUAAAGUUGUUUUUAUGUCUUAUGACUUAUUGCCAAAAAAAAGUUUGUUUAGUACUUGCCCAUGUGGUGCUAGGUUUGUGAAUUAUAAAAUUGUUUUGAUCAACUUAUUUCUAGUUAAGCUUGUACAGUUUUUAACUGACAAUUUUCUUCUCUUUUGUUUUUGUUUGUUCUUCACAUAGCACCCGUUUUUGAAACUCGCAAAACCACUGUCCAGCCUGACUCCUCUAAUCCUGGCUGCAAAAGAAGCAAUGAAAGGCAAUCGUUAAUGGACUGCCUGUUAUCCUUUCGUCCAUGGCCUUCUUCUCACUUGCCCUACUCCCUUUUUAACCACCUCAAUAUUCUUGAAGUGCCACUCCUACCCAUGUCACAUGGACAUCGGAGACAAGGGUAGGAAUAAAAGUCUCCUGUGAAGGAACAGAUAAAAUGCUAUGUAUUCUUCCCUUGCCGUGAAGAUGAAAAUACUGAACGUCAUAAGAGAAGGAAACUGAUCUCUCCAAAUUUUGUGUGUGUUCCUUCCAGGAAAAGAAAAUUUCUUAAAUUUGUGGCCUUUUGAAAAUCCCUGAGAUUUCUAGGGAAUUGACUGCAUUAUGGAAAUAGUUUUUGUAUGUCUUCUCUUUUCCUUGGAGGGCAUUGCUCCUUUUUUUUCCUUUUUUUCUGGCCUUCUCUUGAUACUUGAAUAACUCUCACACAAGUGGUGAAGCCUUAAUGUUCUUUCUCUGCUGACUCCUCAGAUUCUACUUCCUCUUCGGGUGCCUGGAUAUGUUUUCUUAUAAAGGAAAGAGGUGCUUUUAUGCUGUCUAUCAACUUAUCAUAUGCUUAUUGCAUAAGCAGGGCAAAAAUGACAACUGAUUUACAGGCAAGAAAUGUAGCCAACGGUUUUCAUGUCAGUGCUGCCAGCUAUUAUUUGGAAAGCAAUAUGUUGGAUUUGCAGGCAUGACAAAUAUUUCCACACAACCUGAAAAGUUCUCUCUUCCAUUCUUUUUGUUUCUACUUUUAUACAAAAGAGAAGUGGGUUCAGGAAGGGAUGCAGAAUGGAUCUGAUACCAGUUUUUGAGAAUAGUGCUGUAAAUGUUCUGUGUUGGCCAAAAUGGUGUUGUGUGGGGGAGGGGGAAGAUCAUUAAUGUACAUAAAAUAGGGGACUAAUAUUUGAAAUGUUACCAGUUUUCCCAUGUGUCAAGUGCUCUAAGCACACUGAUCUUUGUAUUGUCUUUACAAAAGUUAUUAGUUUAUUUCCUCCCCCUGCCCCCUUUUACAUCCAUCCAUCCAUCUUUCUUUAAUUUAAUGAGAUGUAGUGCCAAAGUUAAAUCUGCGUUACAAGAUACUCCCUCUCCCCUAAAACCGAUGCCUGUAUAUUAAUUUAACUACUAAAGAAAUUUAGUUUAGAAACUAUUUUUUUUCCUCUUCUCAAAAUUGAAGUGCCUAUUUUAUCUUGUUCAUUUUAAGUAAUCGAUAUACCAAUCUGCUAAUGUUCUCUGUGUAAUUGUUGGGUUAAUUUGCACUUCUGUGCAACAUCUGUGUAAAAAACAUUGUUUAUAAAAUAACUUGUAAUACAUACAUUGCUUUUUAAAACCGUAGAAGUGAUGUAUCCCAUACUUGUGUCAAUGCAAAUAAAUCCAGCAAUUUCUACUUGAGAUAAGCAUUUUCUUAAGCUUGUGAUAACCAGCUAGUACUGCUCUUUUACAUUGGUUAGUUAUCUGACAAAUGUGUUUUCUUCAUACAUGUGAACAAAAGGGAAUUGUAGUUCCAUGUUGUAUACCAGCUCCUCCUUAUGUUUGGUUUUUCUAUUCUUUAAAGAACUGGAUAACAAACCAGCCGCACAUAGUAAAUGUCACAUAUCAAAGAGGCUAGAGAAUAGUAUGUGUAUACAGUUUGUGGAAAAUUCAGUGUAUUUAAAAAUCCAGGGCUCAUGACUUGACUGGGAAAAAAAACAAAAAAGAUUGCCUGGUGUGGUUCCUUUCAUUGUGUUUUCAUGCUAAAAGCAAUAACUCAUAUGCCACAGUUUAUAUUUAAUUAAACCAAUGAAUUGUAGAAUAUAUCCUGUCUCUUGGCACUGAAGGAGUUAAAAUAGCUCUCAACAGUUUCUUUACAUUCUAUUGGAUGACAUGGGCCCGAUGCUAAACUGCAUACAUGCAGCAAAAUUCAUUUCUUUUUUUCUUUCUACUUUACUGUUAGAGGCUACUGACUCAACCACUUUAGCUUUUUUUUUUUUUUUUAAACUUAUGUCUUAUCCGUGCAUAUGUAAUCUGACCUGAUUGAUUAUGAAUGUGAACAGGUGCAUGGAUGUAAUCUUUUCAUGAUUCUUUGAAAGUGCGAUGUUUAGCACUGAUAUAGAUGUAACUAUUCAGUUACAAGGGUUUUUUUUUUUUUUCUCGUUUUUUUUUUUCUCCUUUACACACCACAUCAGUAUGGUCCAUUCACACUUCAGACGUUUUUGAGAUGUUCUGAGAAUUGCACAUGUGGUUGACAAUUUCUCAGAGCCUACAUUAUGCUAUUUAUUUUUACUGGGAGCUCUAUCCUGUCUGUGUCCAUUUAUGAUCCAUAAAAUAAGUGCUUUGAAUUGCAAACUGAUUCAGAAUACAAUCUCUAUCUUAUGAAUAUGAUUUUGUUGGUACUUUACCAGCAAAUUGUCAAUGAGAUUCAGACCCUGGUACUGUGUGGAUACUGAUCUAUGACAAAUCAUACGGUAUCUGAACAAAGUCUAAGGACGGUUAGUACAUUUAUUUGAGUAAAAUUUUAGAAGGCUUUGCCUCUCAAAUUUGAGGUGUGUAAAUAGCUAGAGUCUAAUUGUUACAAGGCUGUACAUAGUCAGUCUUUGAUUUUUUUUUUUUGAUUUUUUUUUCCUGUAGGGUAAAGCAUUAAUUUGAUAUAGGGGAUAUGGUUAGUUUUAUAUUUUAUUUUUUUUAUUUUUGUAACCACAUCUAUUUCCUUAUUAUCCUUGAGAGAAACAAAGGGAGAUUUUCAUUAACAGUGUGUAUUGAUCUAGACAUGUAAGUAAUGCCAUGUAAAACUGAGUGUCUCACUUAAAUGUCAAAUCUCUUUUUACAGCAGUUUCUCUAAGCCCUGUAAUAGUCUGCACAGUGUGCAGGUCUGACUGUGUACUCAAGGUGUAUGCUGUAACCACUCCAGUCUCCUCUAUCUUGGAAUCUACAGAACUAUUUGUAUUUCGUUUCUACCCCCCUCUCAGGUUCACCUUUGCCUUUAAAUAGCCUUUUGCAUGCAGAUAUUUCUUACUUCUUCUUGAAACCCCAUCCAGCAGUUCUUUCUUUUUGCCCUUCUGUUUAAUUUAAUCCCAUCUUUAUUUAAUUGUUAAUUUUUACGGCAAUAACUACUGAAUCAUUUGUGUGCGUCGUCUUUGCUUGGAAUAAACUUUUUUGUUUUAUUUUAA